AUGCCUCUGCACAGGACAGGUGGAGUCCUGUCCAGGAGGCUCGUCCUGGGGCUCCGCCUCAGCUCCUCUCCUCUCUGUCUACUGUUUCCCUUAAUUAUACUGCUAACCAACCCACUGAGUGGAGUGCAAGGAGGUAUGAUGAUCUAUCUAUCUAUCUAUCUAUCUAUCUAUCUAUCUAUCUAUCUAUCUAUCUAUCUAUCUAUCUAUCUAUCUAUCUAUCUAUCUAUCUAUCUAUCUAUCUAUCUAUCUAUCUAUCUAUCUAUCUAUCUAUCUAUCUUGUCUGUCUGUCUGCCUUCCUAUCAACACAGAACAUGGUUAAUUAGCCAUCUGCUCACAGUUCACUUACUUUAUUAAUUUUUAAAGCAUAUUUUCAACCCAAAUUUUGUACAGUUCUUACACAGUAAACUGAUUACAUAGAAUAUGAUAUCAUUUAACAACAUAGUUUCCAUUUUCCAAAUUUUUACCUCCUCAUAAUUUUUAUGGGCAAAAAAUAAAGCGAUAAUAUUAUGGUAGGAUUUUUGAAAAACUUGAAAAUUAAACAAUCUGUCAAAUUGAGGGUCAUUCAGAUAAGGGUGGAGGAACGUAUUACUUUAUUAUCGCAAAAGUGCUUUACAGUCAAGUUGAAAACAGAACUAACUAUCCCAGAUGCCCCACCCCCACCCCCGACAAUCUCGUCCAAAGCCACACACACAGAAACACAUACAGACACACACACAACCACAUACCAGUGCAUCCCCCAGAUACACUCAUUAAGAUAGUGGACAUGAGGCUUAUAAACUUAACCAAUACACACAGUUACCUUUUAUGUCAUCAUCCAUUUCUGAUGAUGAUCAAAUUAAGGAUAAAUCCACCUUACCAGCCCUGUGACGAAACUUAUCAUUACAUCUUUAUCCUUUUCCUUAUCAUUCUACUUAAUAUUUUCUCAUCAUCAAACUAAGCUUGUAUCUUGAAAUAUACUACUUCCGCGGACUGUAAUUUACAUAGCUGAAAGAAAAUAGUUAAAAGAACCGUAAGGAAGUACAAAUUUUUAAUUGAUUAGAAACCUGAAGAGGUUCCAACUUUAACUUCACAGUAAAUCUUCAAAUGUCAUUUUUUACAAGCGUUUAAUCAUUUCUCAGAGGGCUGACACAGUUAGCUUGCUAGCUGUUCUACCAGCAGCAACUCUAAUAAAAAAACACUACUUUGAACUCAAAAUAUUACCGUAUAUCAUAGUAUUCCUGAAUUUUAAAAACACUUGUACAGGUUUAUUGCAACAGCCAUUGUUUCCAUUUGCAUUCAAAGGUAAAUAACCACUGACUUAUCUAUCAAUAUCAUCUUAGAAAAUGAGUUAUCCAGUUAUCACACAGCUACAAGAGGCAUGUAGAGGAAUAUUGGCCUUAACUCUGACGUUAACUUUAAAAACAUAUAUAGUCUCAGUGACAUCAUCUUUUUGUUUAUGAAGUGGCGUUUUAGAAGCCUAUUAGCGGCAGAAGCCAUAUUUGAAAUGUUGCUCAAUCUUUAAGACAAGUAAGGAAGAGGAGGAGUUGAGGCGAGCUUUUAGCCUUCUUUCUAACCACGACUGUGCACUUUUCUGUCAGUCAAGUCAGAUGUGCCUCUAAUGCUGCAAAACUUACAUUCUUAAUAUCUUAAAAAAUGAUGAGUCAUUAAAUAAUCACACUUGGUAAGAAAUGAACUAUUUGUGCAAAAUCAUGAAUUGCUGAAAACAUCUUUAAAUUUGUUGCAAAGAUGGGCUUUUUAGGAGAGUUUGUUUGUGGUUUCUGGUGGUUUUACAGCCAGCCCCAAAUGGAUGUUUAGGGAACUACAGAUUUUACUACUCCUGGCCAUAUGUUUCCAUUUGGUUCAGAGAUUGUUUUGCCUCACUCACCUCUAAACAUCAUACUGUCACUAACACUUAAAGGAUCUGCAUCUCUCUAUAUGUCUAUUUUUUGCCUUAACAUUAUACAUCUAUGGAGUAGAUGGAAAGCUUGAUGGUACAGCUGUUAUAUUAAAAGCAAAAAAAAUAGAUACAAGGUGUGAAUAUAUGUGAAUAUCAUGUAUUGUCUAGUGUAUGUGUGCACGCACUUUAGUGUGUGCCGGUUCAUCAGCACAUCAGCUCUGGACUGUGGCCCUCUUAAUGUGUUUUGAUAAGCCGGGAGGUCCAAUCAGCAUGUUUCUCAUCAUCUCCUUGAUUACUACAUUUCCACAGAUUUCCUGCCUCAGUGAUCCACAUACAAAGACGCACAUGCACACACACGAUCCCCCACGCACACACUGACAUGCUUGCAUGCAUUCAGCUUUCUGUGCUAAAAAAAAAAAAUAGCCACGCAUUUUUUAUUUUUGAAAGCUGAUUCAGACCGAAGAUUGAGAAGAAGCAGUUAAAAUUACCCAAGACGUUACUGAUGUUGUUCCCGUCUUCAUUAGAGUAACUAAUUCAAGGCUAUGAGCCUUUGAGAGUGUGAGCGUCAUUUCAGAAGUAUUUUUACAUUCAGUGAAGAGGCAGAGUUACACAACUCUCAACUUUCAAUGGAGGUAUUGUGGGAUUGAAGAAUGCUGCUUUUGGACCUCCUACAGUUUGACUUUGCAGAACUGAGCGAGGUGUUGAAAGCUCCAUCUUCAGCAUCUCAGGAUUCAGAGAUGGAGACAAACAGGCAACAAACAUCAUAUAGAACAAAGUGAGAUGCUUUUCUUUCUUUCUUUGGCGAACUGGUGAAACAAAGGAAGUAAGUUAUGGGGAAAAUCACUGGUUUAUUAUCCAACACACAUGCCAAAGACUAGUUUAUUCCCUGUUCAAGACCACCUGUUAUUAAAUAAUGGAUACAUAAAUUUUUAAAAGAGGAAUUUUUUAUGCAAUUUCUUUUUGAAAUUGUUAAACACUCACUGUUUUUUACUGUUGUCCUGCAGGGUUCAUUCCAUAUUUAUGAUUUUUGCACAUGCUGAAGAGAAAAAUCCUGGCUUCCAAGUGUGCACAGACUACUCUGUUGAACAGAUAUAAAGUUGACUGCAAAGUCACUCAGACACAGAAUUCCUUAUUACCCCAAGGCAAUGUUUAAAACUUGUGAAUAAAGUUGUUUGCACACUAGAGGCCCUUGACAAAAAAAAAUCUGUAAUUCUUUACAUAACAUACAUACUGUAGGCUACUUGGUUGUGACUAGAUUUCUAAUAGCUGACCCAAGUACAAAUCUUAAAUGUUAUUUGUAUUUGUACAGAUGUAACUGUGGCGAUCAGUUUAAGUCCAACUCCAUUCCUUUAGUGCUGUUACUGGUCUGUAAGCUAUGAUUAUUUUUCAAGUUUUUAGCCAAAGUCACAUUACCUGUGUCAUUUUCAAACGUUUCUCCUCUACAGAGCUCCUGUAGCUCAUUAGCAAUUCACCUCUGAGUCUUGGGUGGAGACAGCGCUGCUCUGCACACUCCUCUUCACACUCCUCUUCACGCUAGCUUGCAGCCUAAGUUUGCCGGUGUCAUAGAAGUGGCAGGUAACAUUGGAGCUAUCAGACACUAGUGUCUGUAAGGGCAUGAUGAAAGCUAAUAUCAUAAUUAGAAAGUAUUGCAAUCCGCUAAUGCACACACUUGGUCCACGAUCAUCCUCUCUACUUUUCCGAGUGUGGCUUGCAUAGCGGGGCUCCGGGGGCGGAGCUUGGAUUUGCUACAUAGGAAAUCUCACUGUAUCUGAAAGUGCUGUUUGGGUUUGCCAGAGAUUCACAGCCAUUUGAAUGAAGAAAUACUCAGAAAAGCAAUUUCGCACUUACUUUUCUCAUGAUAUGUCCUGUAGCAUCAGAAAAAUACCAAAUAAACAUGUAGACAACAAGAAAAACAUGGUUGGGUCUUAUAAUAAGUAUAUAAUGAGUAUAUUUAUAUUGUUAACAGACUAUCCAAUAUAAUAGUUGACUGUAUAACAGGCAGGCAUCCUGUGCCUCUGUUUUCUUAGACUCCCCUGCAUCUUCCAUUUGAAAAUCAAUGAACUCACCUCAAACAUGAUACUUCUCCAUUAGUGUUUCAAUUCUACAAAAAGAAAAAAAUCCCUGUUUGGUUUUUCUUUUACAGAAAUGGAGCCCCACUUAACUUUGAGGAACAGAUAGUGUCAAAAUGAUGAAGUGAAUUCAGGAUGUAGUUGUUUGUUAUGUGUGUCUUCAGUUCUUGUUUUAGAUAGAUACACAACCACCACCUUCAAAAUAUUUUUCUACCCCCCUGUAGCUACACAGGGUACAACUUGAAGCCUCAUUAUCUUUGUAUCACAGAAUUAUUUUUGUUGCACAACAUUUGGCUGCAAGAUGCAAACAGAUUUGACAGCGAAGACAUACAAACAGAGAGGGAUGCAUUAUUAAAUGUGGCUUCCAGGCCUGUCAGAUCACAGCUGGUUGUGCUUGGUGGCUUGACCAUGAGGGGGAAAGUGAACUAAUGUUUUAACCUCAGAUACACUGGAUUACCCUGAAGAACUUUGAAGAAUUGCAAAUGAAACUCGUAUUUCUUUUACUUUCCCUUCAACCCGGAGAAAAGGUUCAAACACUUCUUCUGCUCAAUUAGAGGCUAACCUUGUAAUUCAUACCUGAGCACAGCAGAAGGCAGUCAGUCAGAUGAUAGUAGGUUACAGAGGUGUUUCAUUAAAGACAGGAUGGAGGUCGAUCAGCGUUAGACCUGUCAUGAAUGAAACCAGCUUUUAAAGAGACAGUGCCGCUCAUUAGUUGCUUAUUUUUUCAAGCAGGUUUCUUGAGCUGUACAAGUCUCUCUUCAGUGGAAAUCCGCCUAGAGCUGAUGCCUCGCAGGGCUUUUCUAUAGCUGUUUUUUUCUCUCAGGGAUUGAUGUUGGAGCGCCUUUAAGAAAAAACCCACAGUUUUGGACUCAAUAAGAAGCCAUUGAGACCCUUGUGGAAGCCCACAAAAUUCAUUCAUCAUCAGUUCAGUCAGUUCAGACGACGCUUCACAGCCAUGACAUUUUAGACUUUUGAUAGUUCAAAUUCUCAUAUUGUUGGCAGGGUAAACGGGCAAUUUGCUUGAUACUCUGUGUCCUUUUUUUUUUUUUCUUUUUCUGAGAUUUCAACAGGCAGGAAAUCUCUUGCUCUAGAGUCCAAAAAUGGUCGCAUAAAUUUUCUCUGAUUGACUACACUGAGCCAGCUUUUUGCUUCUUCCUGUUGAGGAUUAUGGCAAGCAUAAAAUGAAACCACUCUAAUGCUGACAUUCAGAGCGAGUCUUUUGGAGUGCAGCGGGCACAGAAGCGGUCUUUUGACAUGGCGUUAUUGCAGUUAGAGUCGAGGCAGUGCGGUGAAACUGGAAGGUAGUCUGCAUGACUGUUAGCCAGAGAAGUGUGCAGAAGCGGGACAGCAUGCCUCAGAAUUUGCAAGUGAUUAUUCUAUAGGCUUUCUUCUUCUUCUGCUGCUGCUUUUUGUUCCUGUUCUGUCUUCAGAGCAGAAGUGAAUCAACACAACAGGACCUCACCCACCCAGACACAUGGGGGGAGUGGGAGGAGGGAUCCAGGUUGCCAUGGUAAGGGUCAUCCUGACUUCACCCUGAUGGAUAGCAGCGAUUCUGUAGCUGAGGAGGAGUUAAGCUGGGCACCAUGGCAACAGGCCACAGACUGAUAGCGAGGGGUGGGUGCGUGAAGUUGUGUGAUUGAUCUGACUCAGCCACUGUGAAAAAUAUAGGUUCAGUACUGUUGGCUCAAUAUUGAACUUGGAAAUUGCUGUUUUCUUUCAGAGGGCAACUGCUGCUCUUACAUCUCACAUCAGAUGCAUCUCAAAAGCUGAAGUGCUCAAAUGCUCCCCCUGGAGCUUGUAAAUUAACACAACUCAUGUAGGUGUGUUCAUUGUGUUUGUUAAGAUCAUUAGAGUCUGCAAGUGCAAAUUCCCUAUAGGAGUGUGGAGAACAAAAUGACACCUCUGGUAUUAAUACAUUUAAACCAAUUAUAUGCUGUGAAUCUCCAGCCAACACUUCUCCUACCUGUGAAACGCUCAUGUGCCAUGACAGCCUGUGCUGCUGCAUGUGGCUAUGUGCGAGGGCCGGCCGCGAGGAAGCAAAGACGGACAGAGAGAGAGGGAGAGAGAGAGAGAGAGAGACAUGUUCCUCUGAAGCCCAACCCCAUCUUUUAUUUAUGACCCACAGGAAGUCCUUCAGCUUGUCCUCUAGAUGAUACCCAGGAAGUAAGCACAACACGCAGCCAUCAGAGCACAAGUCAGCCUUACCAGUCACUGACAGUGAAAUGGGGUGUGGUCAGCAGGGGGGUUGUUGUUGUUGCUGCUUCAGCUGGUUUGAUAUCCUUUGGGUCAAAGGAUAUAAAUGUUCAUGCUUGUCCUUUUAUUAAUUUGUUAUUUUUCUCUUUUUUUCCUCCCCCCUCUUCCUGUCUUGCAGCCUCCCCAAAGUUCACCAAGAUUCCCACAGACCAGAUCGGAGUGUCAGGGGGUGUGGCAUCGUUUGUGUGCCAGGCCACUGGAAACCCCAAGCCAGUCGUGUACUGGAACAAGAAGGGCAAGAAGGUCAAUUCCCAGCGUAUCGAGGUGGUUGUCACUGUUCAUAAUUUUUAACUUCUCUGUAUAAACAUCUACCUGAAAUGAUAUUUAAAUAUAUGAGUGCCUAACAUUUGUUCCAAAGAAAAAAGUCUGGGGUAGACCACUAUGUAUGAAAUUGUUCUUAGACUAUAACAUUAGUUGCAGCUUAAAUCGAUAAAUACCUCAGUACUUAAACAACUAGCAGAGGUGAAUGUCCCUCCAAUGCCCAUAUAAGGGCAUGAGGCUGCAGGAGUAUGUGUAGACAGAGAUCUCUAAGCAUUGAAAGGAGGAGGUGGAGGAACCAGUAACACUGUUAAGCAGUAUAACAAAAUGUGUGAGAAACUUCUGAGAUUGGGUUUGUGCUGAUGGAAGAAAACUGCAAAAGCGCUUAUUUUUCAUACUAGAAACAGAAAAGUCAUACCUUAUUAUUAUUUAGAGUGAAUACGAUUUGGAGGUGACAACAUAAAACAUAAAAGCUGACUACGUAAAAUGAACAAAUAUAUGAGACAGAUGUGUCAUUUGAAUUUUGUGUGUGAUUGUAGGUAAUGAAGUAUUUUUUUUCAACAUUUAUUGAAAACAUCUUGCCAAAUGAAAGUUCUGAGUUUAGACCAGACGAUGCGUAAACUGAAAUGAACUUUUAGCACAUUUAAAUGAUGCAUGCAUGCUUGCAUAAUUGACACACACACACACACACACACACACACACACACACACACACACACACACACACACACACACACACACACACACACACACACAAUCGAGGAACAUGGAACAUCUCCCAUGGGCAGAUCAGCAUUAAAAAAUGCACAGUGGCUUAGCCAGUCUGUUUUUUGCUGGGGAGAAGAUGAUAGUAAGGACUCUUGUGUGUCGUGGGGCUUGUAGCAGCAUUUUUAAGACCAUUUUGUGAGCUCUCUAGAGUUUUGUCUCUCUCCUUGGUAUCUGUAAUCAUAAAGCUGUUGUAGCACAAAAGGCCCAGUUCUAGCCUGUCCAGACAGUUGGCUGGUAAAAAUUGUGGUCAGAAAACCUGCUCAGUAAAAAGUCUGAUGGCCACAGAACUGCAGCAGUUUUUCAAACUCCUAAUACCUACAGUGUGAGGUUCACUUCAACAAAUUGAAACACAAGUGAUAGGAAUGGGGCUGGGGGUCAAAAAAAUAAAAUAAAAUAAAAAUAAUAAUAAUAAUGUUGUGAGUUGAUUGGUUAAUUCAGAAUAGUUUAAAGAAAGCUGUAAGGUUUGUAUGAUAUAUCAUGUCAAUCCUCCAAACAAAGCUAAAAUUACAGACCCCAUACUCCCCAUAUGUGAGGACUAUACCUCUGGUUGAGAUAUUUACAAUACUUUUAAUAAUAGAGGACUAUAAAAAAAUAAACUCCCAUAAUGUGGGGAAAAAAGGAAUGGGGCUUGGGGUCCUCCUCCAGGAAAACUUGAGAAUCCAACAAUGAAUUCACAGCCUUCUGGUAAACAUUUUACCCUCUAUUGUAGUGGGAACAAAAAUUAUGGACAAGAAAAACACAAAACAUACAGUAUUUGACCCAAAAAAGGGAUUCUACUUUCUGCAUGAGGCUCACACUUUUAUCAUCUGUUAUUUUUCACAUUGCUGUUUUAAAACAGAAUAGUUUAUCAUUUAUAGUUUACACCAAAUUAUAUAUUCUAAAAAAAAAAAAAAAACCUGAAUACAGUCUGAUAAAUGAUAAAAAAUUUCCUCUUGUGGUUUAUCAGUUUCCAAAAACAUCUAAUGUGUCAAACGAGAUAAAUAUAUAUAUUUGUUGAAUUUUAAAAACAUUUUGAUUUUUUUGGUUUUCAUUACCAAGUGAAAUAAACAUUUCAGCUCCAAAAAAAUUUUCAAUUUUCUGGUCAUAAUAUGUGGUUUCAGGCAUUAAAGGGCUGAAUAUGCAGGUACUAACGGGAGAGGGGGGAUUAGACCAUGUUACCCCCUCUCCCUGAGUACACCACUGAUCAAAUAAUGAUAAUAAAUAAAUAUCAGAUCAAAAAAACAGACCAAACUUUUCUAUGGAUUAGUGCUGCGCUCUGUUAUGAUUUGUGAAACUAUGGUGUUAUCAGGAUUAAAUAAAUUAAAUGUAAUAUCAUUAGCAGUUUUGAUAUAAAUGAGGUGUUUUUACUUUAAAAAGGUCAGGAUGGGUUUGCCCCCUCUGCCAUUUCUAAUACUAAGCUAGAAUACUCAAACCCAGGCCUCUUAAAGGUUAAAGCUAGGACAGAAGAGUGGCAUCAGUGUCUUGGAUAAUCUUCAUUAAAAAAAACAAGUAUAUUAAAAAUGAUUUCUCAAUUAUAAUGAUAAUAAUAAUAUUAUCAAAUCAGAGCAUAGUCAUUUGUGAGCAUCUUUCAAAAGUAGCACAUGAAACAACACAGUAGACUGCUCAUAUUUCAGGUUAUAUAAAUGAACAUAUUGAUGUCCUUGAGCUAAAUGUUCUGAGAAGAUGAUUCCCCAGCGUAGCUACUUCACAGAGCUGUUAACUCCUGUUAAUCACGUUAAGAGUUCUGAAUGUGUAUUGAUGCAGUCAUUUCACCUAAUGGUUAAUGAUGGUACAUUUCAACCAGAGAACCAACAUUCAACUCCCCAUAUUGGUAAGUAUCUACACUGCUUAAGUGUCUUUGUGCAAGAAACCCUUUCAGCUCCAGGAGAAGGAGCUGAGCUGCCUCGAGGAUGAGGGGGCAGGUAAAAAAAGAGGAAUCACUGAAAUAUUGAAAUGUAAUUACUGGCACAUUAUUACUGCAAAGGAGACUGUGUUAAGUGAAUGAUCUUUAGGAGUGUAGUUUUUUAUUCUAGUGGGGAAGCAUCUGUUUACUCUGCUGUGACUAAAGCGCCUUGUUCUGUGAUUCUGUGGCCGUCCAGACCGUAGAGUUUGAUGACGGUGCAGGUGCUGUGCUAAGGAUCCAACCACUCAGAGCACCCCGAGAUGAGAACAUCUACGAGUGUGUGGCACGAAACAGUGAAGGAGAGGUGUCCGUCACCGCAAAGCUGGCCAUUAUACGAGGUGAGAUACAAUUGCCUGCCUCACACACACACACAGAGAUAGACACAGACACACUCUGCCUUCAUCCUUUUCCGCUCGAGUGGUGCUUCCUCUCUACGUGCACACACCUGAUUUCAGCCGUCGUUCCCGCUUCUUUGGGUUGUCAGUUGUGGAAGUGACAAUGGAGAUGUGCCACACCCUGCCUCCUCUCCACAGCAGGCUGCAGUCGACUGUUCUUUUUAUAGUCCUGCUUGAGUGCAACUAAGCGUGAUCUGGCCACAGAGAGGGCCAGCUAGCAUUUAGCCAAAGGUUACUUUAGCAUUAGCUAGCUGUAAUCACUGCGCUUUCCUGCUUGAGCGAGGGUGUUAAUCUAAUCUGCACUGACUCCUUGGAGGGAAACUUAUCUAAUGUGGUGCUCCAACAUGCUACAAACUAAGGUUGCAGCAUGUGGCACAGCAGGAAAGGACAGAGAAGAGAGGGAUGGCAGCUUGGGCUGUUACUACAAGAAGAGAAAUCUGGGGAUUAGGCCUCUGUUUGGCAGACAACCCAUUUAUGCCAGGGGAAAUUGAGGAAGAGAAAGGAAGAGGGAGGAAGAGGUCGAGGAGAGGUGAGAAGAUGAUGGAGGGGGGUGGAGGUGGGGGUGAGUUGAGUAACACUACGGGAUUGCGUGAAAGAAUCAAGAUGAAAUAGGGUGUUGUAGGAGCGGAGGAGGGGUUGUAGGAGAGUAGGAGAUGGAUGAGGAUUGUGGACUUGGCAGGGCGGUGUGGUAAGCAGAAGGCUGGUAGCCCAGGGAAUAGACUCCUGUCCAUCUGUUACCCAGCCCAUCAUCUCUGCACACACAGCCCCAAUCUAAAGCACAUUACCACAUAAAACACACCUCCAGGGCAAGCCUCACAGUGUGUGUGGCCUUAUGUGCCUGUUCCUGUUUGUGCAAACUUUUCUCUUACUGAGUUCUGUGUUCCAUGACGUUUAUGUCCUGUUUGGGAAUUUAAUCAGCUGUCUUUGAGUCGUGUUAAUCCUCAGGAUAAGGACACAGAAGGGUUUGAGAUAUGCAAUUUAAGCUGGGUGAUAUGAUACGUAAUGAUGGGAUAAUAUAAAUUGGUCAACAAAUAGUUUUGCAGUAUGGUGCUUUUUUCAGACUCCUCUUUGUGUAUUAUUUUCAAAACCAUUUGAUGCGUUACUUUUAAUUAGCAUUAUUAUAUUAUGAUUUAUGUAAAAAAGAAACUCAUCAUUUAUUUCUGUUCAUUUUCUUCUGUCAGCUUAUUUUCCAAAGAGCUACUUCAGAUCAGAUAAAUACAAACCUUCAUAUACCAUAGAUUCCUGUGGUCUAGGUUUAUAAUAACAUCCUCAGUGCUGUUACCAUAGAGACGAAAGAGUGCCCCUGAUCACUCAAUGAAUUAUAAGUUCACGCAGUGACCUUAACUUUUAAUUAUUCAAGCUAUGCUUCAGGGAAAAAAAUGUUAAAAAAAACCUUAUGGUUUUCUGGUUUCCUGUCAACUUGUCCUGACAGCUGGUCCUUUACAGACUACUCCACAGUUGCAGCUGUAAAUGGCAGCCAUUCUGUGAAAUAAGAUAAAGGCCUUUGCCUGCAAGUUUCAUCAGCCAAACAGCUACAUUUGCACCACAUUACAAAACACUUUCAUCGUUGGUUAAAAAGCUGGACCAACAUGCCAAAAUCAUGAACAAAGGACAGAUACUGGUACAGAGAAUUUAGUCUGUUAGUCUGAUGAACAUAAAUAGUUUCGAAAUACUCAAGUGGGCCAAAAAUGAUUACCAGAUAUUUCAGCGAGCAGAAGCUUAUGCUCAUCUGUCAGCCAAGAUUGUGAAAAGUUUCUCUACUUAAGUACUUUUCAGUGUAAGUAUAAACAUCUCCAUUAUUCGAACGUCUGAUAUCCAACAAUACCAAAGCUUAUGAAAAAAAAAAACGAUUGACAGUUGUGUUUUCAACCCAUAGCUGCUUAGAGGGAAAGAAAGAGAGUGUGUAGCAAAGGUAAAGAGACACACAAAGAGAAAGUGUAGAGAGAGUGUGCUGCUAAUGACAACAAAGAAAGAAAUCAGAGGAACAUUUUAUUUUCAUUUGUUCCACAGCAGUUACACUGCAGAGAGAUUAUGACUCGGUCAACACCUUUCUAUAGAAAUGUGCAGAAAAGCACCAGAUUUUGUUUGUUUGUUUACUGUCAAAGUCACGCUUCCUCUUACCGGCUGUGCGUCCCUGCUCCAUCACAGCAACCUCUCUUCAUUAACAUGAUGGUAAAUACUGAUGUAUUUUGGUGAUCAAAUUUUUCACAAUUGGAGUUAUCCCAAAAAAUUAUGCCUUUAUCCACACAAACAGCAGCACCACGCUUGUUACAAAAAAUCCUUAAAAUGAUAUUAAAAAGAGGGGGAAAAGACAGACUGCAAAUUGGUUAUUAAUGUUUACAGUGACAAUUUCUGGACCGACACAAAGUCCAGGUGUGAAUUUCAAAACAACAAAAUUAACCAGAUUUGGGUCCCAGAGAGUUCAUCCUUUGUUGAUAUUAUUCCAAACAGAUACAGUCAUUGUUUGAUCUUUUUACUCGUAUUUAAUCAAUGUUCAAACCUCUUGUGGUUACCUGCAUAUUUCCAGUUGAACAACAAGAACUGUGUGGUACGAUCACAGUAAAACUUCAUCACAGGAACUUGGAACAGAACUGUCGUCACAUAUUUCCUCAAACAAAGAUCAGAAAGCGCUGUUCUAAACUUCUAAAUGCAUAGUCUGGUUUUAUUAUAGCAUGAACUCUAGUUUGUGUUUACCAGCCUUCCAGCAGCUCAGGCAACCAAGUCUGAAGCACUGUGAUUAUACUGGGGUCUAUUCCCAUGAGGAUCUCCUGAAGUCAUGCUGAACUUUUUUAAUUGUUGCGUUUAUUUUUCUGCCUCUGACUUUUUAUCAACAAAGUUAUUCUCAGUGUUGCUGCCUGUGAAUCCUUUUCCAUGGGAAGUGCAUUAUUUGCUCCUAAUCCCAUUCAUCCGACAUUUAAGCAUGAAAAUCACUAACAUUUACUUCAAGGUACUUCCCCUGUAAGUCUGUCCUACAAAAUAUAUAUUACUUAGCGCCUCUGAAUGUUUGCCCUUUUGCUCUCAAACUCCCCAACAGUUGCUCAUAGACUGAGUGAUAUUUUUAUGAUAGCUCAUGUUACUUAGAGGCAACAGAAAGUGCCCAGACGUCUGCUAAAAUGGUCUUUGGGUCAGUCUCUUUACAAAACACGGUUCAUUGGAGGAAAAAAAAGUCCACCAGCCACUGAGGUAGAAAGGAUGCUUUCCAUUACUGACCAAACCCUCCGCCUGAUGUGUUUCAUCGCAACAUUUUGUAUAAUGGUUGACCGACACUAAUAGCUGCAUGGUACAGUGUGAGGGGCCUGCGGUUGGCCACAGGAAAUGGGCUGCUGCUAGUGUAGGCUGCCUAAUGGAUGGAGAUGCGGUAGGUUAUAGUCAGGGAGAUCGUACUUUUUAUGCCUUCUGAAAAUCCCUCUCCUCAUCUCUUCCUGCUCCUCCUCCUCCUUUCUCUCUCCCUGACUAGGUCUCUCUGUCUCUGGCUCACAGCGAUGUCCGUUUCUAAUUUCUCUUCUCUUGUUUUAUUCAUUCUUUCAUUUUCUCUGCCAUCUAUUCUGCCUGACCCUCUCUGUCGAUCCAGUGUGUCUCUCUCCUCUCUUCUCCUUUUGUGUCUUCACUGGCUCUCUGCUGGUGCUCCACCCCUACCACCACCAUCACCCUCACCCCCCUUAGAACCAACCCAUCCCCUUUUCCACCAGGGCUGCUCUUUUUACGGACACUGCAGUUGUGUUCUGCCUUAAGGAGAUGUGAAUAUCUGCAGUUGUGCUUGUCUGAAAACCUCUGGCAGGCAAAAGACUGCAGCUGUGUGUGUGUGUGUAGAUAUAUUUAUAUGUGUGCAUGUCUGAGCGGGUUUGUCAGUGUGCACGCACAACCUUAAUGAUUAUCUUUGUCUUUGAGUGCAUGCACAUGGAUUUCUUUGUUUACGAGCGUGCAUGUGCAUAUCUGUGCUGCUGGUUUGUGCAGAGUAAUCCUGAUUAUACCCACCUCCCAGUGUCCCAUUUUAGGAGAAAAGGGAGGCGAGGGAUGGAGGAGGGAAGAGGGUGAGGGAGAGAGAGAAAGGGGGUGGGGGGGUGGGGGAUGUUCUGCCACCACGGCAAACACCCUUCAAAUGAACAACAGAGUCAGAUCAGUGAUUCCCCCCGGGCGUCUGCUGCACUGGCAGGCCGGCGGCUCAAGCAGCGUUUCAGUCUGGAAACAACUGAGAGUAUCAACUCAGCCUGCAAGAGGAUUACACUCCUGGAGUGAAGAACAGGCUCUUUCAUCAUACAUACCCUCAUCUUCACUGUUUUUAUUCCCUCCUUUCUUUUAUUCCUGUUUCCUGCAGUCUAUUUUUCAUGCGUGUUUGGGUUUAAUAGAGUUUUGUGUGUGGGAUCAUCCCGCUUUGUGUGUCGAGUCUCUGGCUGCUAGAGAGUCACAAGCGGGGCUCAGGACGAUGGGGACACAUGUGGGAUUUUGGCGAGAUUGAUCUACGAUGCAAAGUCUGAUUGUGCGUUUGUAUUGUGAUGUAUUAUCAUAAAGAGCCAUUAGCAUUUAAAGUGCUCCCCCUCCAGCCCUCCUGCAGUCUAUAGGAGUCAAAGCAUUACAGCCUCUGAAGAGUGCUGAACGCUGGCAGAUUAAUCCUGAACCAGGCUCCCUGAGAUCAUGCUUUUAUUCAGGCCUCUUUCAUGCACAUUGGCCAUUCCCCACUGAAAUGAACUGAAAGAUGAAUAUUCAACCUGUUUCUUCACCAGGACGAAUGAUAAUUUUCUGUGUUUGGGCGUGUGUGUGUGUCUGUUUGGGUGAGUGAAAGAAAAACACAACGAUAGCCAGGAAAAAGGAAAAACCUGGAUUCGUCUUUGUUUGUUUGCAUCAAAUGCAUUUUAUGUUUUACUUUGAGAGUGUGUGUCUGUGUGUGUAUGUCCUUGUAUCUGUGUGGGUGUGUGUUUGUGUGCGCACGGACGCAUGAAUUGCAUAUUUGCCCAGAUUCGGUUGGCUCCACUGCCUGGUUUUGGGCACGGGGCCUGAUUGCCCUUCUGCAAACAUUACCAGGCCAAAUUUACGCUUUCACCCUCUCCAUGCACACAAACAUGCACACACGGGCACAAAGCCUGGGGGAACAAUGCUGGUCGUCCCUUGCCAAUGUUCCCCCAAACGCUGUUGACACACACAGUGUUUAGACACACACACGCCUAAUUUUUCCAUAGGCUGUCUUAUCAAUUCAAACAGGAGAUGAAAAAUAAGCGGCACUUUUUUGCGCAGCAGUGUUUGUGUUUGAUAAAUGAUUCAUUUGGUGAAAAGUGUGAUCAAGGCCAUGCCCGCAGUAUCUAUUUCAAGCAGCGGCUGACUCAUCCAGUAGCCUGGCUGAAUACCUGUAGCUCCUAUUCUCCUCUCCACUGAACUGUACUCCAGAGUCCAGUACCACAGCGUCUGCUUCUUGUUCUGCAGAGUAGAUGCUGCACGUUUUGUGCUUUUCACUAUUACUCAUAAAAUUCUCAUCAUAAGUGCAUCACUUUUAGACCGUAAAGGUUAAAAAUGUCUUAAAAGCUAAUUUCUUGACAUUCUUUGUGAGAAAAAUCUCAGAGCAACCUUCAUUUUCAGAUUGUCUAAACUUUUGAUUCUGAUUCUGGAGGUCCAAAUUUAGUUAAAAAUUCUAAUUUCCUGUGCUGGACUUUGAUGCACAUGCAUUCUCACAUUCACUGUGUUUUUCAUGGACCUGAUGUUUAUGAUGUAAAGCCUCAUCAAUUUCUUGAGAUGGCUUAAUGCUGCUGUGUAGAACAGCCACUAACAUGUCUUAUUCAUAUGAACAUGCCACUAACAUGUAGCAUGAUUUGUAUAUUAAUACAAAUCAUGUUUUGGAAUCCAGCAUUAUCUACGAUACUGUAUUGAUUUACGAUACACCUUAGCAUUUCAAAGCUACAAGAGAUGCUGGGUUUUUGGUGGGACACAGAGAAGUGGAUGGUAACUUCAAAGUAAAUGUCAUCUCUUGGUUGACUGUGUCUCAGAUUGUUUUCGCAGAUUGUACAUCAGAGCGAUGCCUUGCUUUAUGUUUUCUGAGAUUUGCUGUAUUUCUGCAGUAUUUUACUUCCAUGUUGCACAUCUCGCUUUUGUCCAGCUCUUCUCUUUCUUCAAGAUUUGUGCUUUGAGGUUUGUCAGUGCCUUCCCCUGAGCAGCUCCGCAUCCCACUGCGUUUGUUUUGAAGUACCAGCCUCUCAUGUGGCUCAGAUAUCAUUGCAAAAAGAAUGGACUCGCAAGAGGAGGGGCCGCCCACAGGACAGGGAAUAUAUUAAGAGAUCGAUCUCGGAAUUUUAUGAAUCGAUAUCUUAUCACUGAGACAGAAAAUUGUUUCAAUCAGAAAACUGACUUUUCUGAACCAGACUAAAAACGGAGAGAACAGGGGCCCUGGUUCAGCUCACUGGUUGAGUUGUGUGUCCUAUUUAUAGUGACUAUUGUCUUGGGUGGCCAGGGUUCAAAUCUUGCAGCCCUUUGAUGCAUAAAAACGGCUGCAAGCAUCCUCCUUUUCUUUCUUUCCAGUUUCCCUCAGUCCUUUUCUCUUAAUAAAGUCACACAAAAUCUCUUCAAAAAUGUGAACCAAGGCCACGUCAAACCGACUCCACAGUGAUCUUAGAGCACUCGAAUCAAGACAUGGGAGAGUUGCUUUUACAGGAAAGUGUAAGUUUUGGAAAGAAUGAUCUCAACCUUAUCAUACAAGUACAAAGAUAAUCAGCAUAGUAUUAAUCAAGUAUAAAAAAACUUGAUUUAUGUGGUGUGGGAAAAGAUGAUUUCACCUUCACCGUCUCUUCUCUUGAGUCAGCACAUGCAGAAAUUGAUAAAGAUAUCAUUAUUAUUUAUUACCGUUAUUAUCACUAUUAUUACUUGCAGUGUCCUUCUAUACUUAAUUUUAACUGUCAUUUUAACUCACUUUAUUCUGUGUUCUAUGUAACUUACUUCGUCUCUCUGCCUUGUCCUCUUGCAAAUGCUUUCCAAUGUGGUUUUUUUCUGCAAGUGGCAAAUAAAUGACUCUGACUCUGACCCUCUCUGACUCUGAGAACACAAAAUGUCAAGGUGAACAGCAAUGACUGUGGCGCUGCAGUCAGAGCAACUUUGAUGCAGAAGUCUUAGAGCCACAAUAAGACCUAUGUCAGCAAAAAAUCAGUGCUGAUUCAGUUUCAAAUUUGUGGAAAUCUGCAGCCCCAUACCAUUCAGAUUUCACAGUUUUGUCCCCCAAACAAACAAUUUAGAAAUGUUGACUACAGCAUAAUUCCUCUACUACCUUUUAAAGUAGCUAUUUUAUUUGUCUGAAUAUAUUUGUGUAAAAGUUUAUUCCUCCUAUUCAGCAGUAUCUAAAAAUAUAGCUGUCCGUCCAGCUCUCUUACCUUCUCAUUUCUCUGUACUAUUCAAUACAAGUUCCACCUACACUUUAUAUUUGCAGCUCUGAUAAAGCCUUGACUAGAAUACAAAUCCAGAUCCCCAACAUAACCACACACUCCCACACACAAGCACACACACGCAUACACUAGCCAGACACACAUAUAUCCUCGCACACGCCCCCAGCCCACUGCAGUGGCGUGCUCUAAUUAACAGCCAGGGAGUCCAUGUAGUGGUAGCCGGCGGGGUGAUAAAAAGACCAUCUGAACCCUCUCAGGAGAGGGGUGGGUUUUGAGGAGGGCAGGGGGGGAGCAGAUGUAGGCCCAGCAUAUUCCUCUCCUCUGGGGAACUAACCUCCUGACCUCCCCAUCGAUCUCCCUCCUCUUCUUUCUUUCUCUUCCUCCGUGUUUCGUAAAUGGCUGUACCACUGGCCUCCAUUCAGGUGGAUCAUUAACAUUGAUCAGUGGGGACAGUCAUGGAGAUGGGGGGCUGGAUGUUGGCGUGUUGGUGUCUCCCUUCUGCCUGGGGCAUUAUUGGCGUGAAGAAAUUGCAUAUGAAGUCUGAUUUCCACCCGGAUGGGAACUGGAGUUUUUUUUUUUUUUUUCUAAGACUGGUGCUAGCAUCAGAAAUGUCAUAAUAUAUAAUAAUAUAUAAGUACUGAUGGAUACUUAAAAAUGAUGUCUCCUUCAUUGCUCUAAAACUGCUGUAUUCACUGCAAGUUGUGCUGUGUUAAAUUUACAGUAAUAUAGCUGUCACCAGUUGUUGCUGUUUUAACACAGCAAAGAUUAAACAAUUGGCUGUUAAUUAUUUGGUUAAGAUGACAGAGCUGUCGGGAAGUCAAAACUGAUCGAAAUAAAGCAUUUUGAUAAUCAGUGUUGCUCUGAUGCUUUGGAGUCAAAAGGAAGUGUGAGGGGCUGCUAAGCUAGUAUUAGCAAGCAACGCUAACAACAACAGGAGCUAAUGGCCAAAUAAUUUCUCUGGUUGUUUUAGCUCAUAACUUGAACUCCUAUCUGAUGACUCUGGCACACCCAACUUUUAAAAUGAACGAAUCGCAGCAUCAUGUUAGAUCACAUCCGUUUGUGUUUAUGCUAGCAUUUCUAGCUAGCACCCAGUUGUUAACAGAUGUUUCCUACACAUAAAACAAACUGAUGUAGUGACUGAAAGCAGUGAAAUGGUUAGAAAUACAUUUUGAAAAUAGAGCUGUGUGUUUCUCAGGUGCUUUGGUAUGAAAGAAAGUGUAAAGGGCGGCUAACCUGGCGACUGUUAAUUAUAUGCUAGCUCAGGCAGUUUGUCAACACUCUGUGUCUGUGUUUACAUCUUUGCUGAAGUUUGAAACAGGACCAAGUUGUUGGCAGACGUUUCCCUCACAACAAAACAAAUUAAAGUAGUGAUUAAAAGCAGUGAAAACACUGAAUAAUGCUGUUUCAUAAUAAAAUGUUUAUUUUUCCAAAACUCCCAAAGCAGACACAAGUGCGAGGGACGUGUUAAACAAAUCUUGUCCCUUCAGGAUUGUCAAUUAUUCUGACAUUUAUUUAUUACUGUUUUUUUCUCAGUGUGAAUUGAGUGUCAAACCACCAAAUAAAAGAAAGUCUCUAUCAUGAAUUCUACAAUACAAAUUGAUAGUGAUAUUAUCCAAACCAAACACGGUUUUAAAGAGCAUUUUUCUCAGUCCUACUCUGGUAUCAGAUCUGAGUUCUGAACCUAAUCUUAAUUUUAGGUAACACCGUCAGAUUUAUGACAUUUCCAGCUCUAAUCACUCUGCAUCCAGAGUCGUCACCAGGCUCUCCUUCAAGCUUUGAUUCGCCCUCUUGCCUUCUGCGACAUUUCUCCUCUCCUUCCUCGUCCCCGCUCUGCCAUCAGCAGCAGCUUGACAUUCCUAUCUGACGGUGUGUCUCUCCAAAGCUGAUGACUGUGGAAAGAGAGAGAGAGAGAGAGAGAAAGAGGGCGAUAGAUCCUAUCUCCACUCAGCCACUCAUCCCCAUAGCAGAGUGUGUGGAAACAGAUGGUACGGGUCUGUCAUGUGGUUGGGUAGCAGGGGGCCCGGAGGAGGAGAGGAGCAGAGGAGGGAAAAAACACACGGACAUGUUGACGUGGCUGUGGUCUGCAUCUCGGACUGUGUUUGGCUCCAGAUUUGUCAGAGAUGCUGUGCUUAUGCUUGAGCCAUGACAAACUUUUAGGGUGUUUUGUUGUGCUUGACAAUCAAGAGACAGCGGUGAGUUUGAUUUAUUAGCCGAGCAAAUUACCGUCUUGGUAAUUGCUUUGCUGCUGUAGGAAGGUGGAAUAUAUAAUCAUCGUCCCAGGUAUGGGGGAGGUGUGUGUGUAUGUGUGUGUCUGCGUGUGAGAGAGAAAGUGGUUAAAGGGUGAGGCGAGGAGGAAGCAGGAAAGCUGAUGGAUGCUUGAUUACGUGUCUCGCCAUCUGGACUGUUGUCACCAAGAUGCUUAAUCCCAUUCAGCAGAUAAAGAGAGUGUUAAUGUGCUUGUGUGAGUGUGUGUUUGUGUGUGUGUGAAGAGAAAGCAACUGCUUUUCUGCGUGCACACACCUUCACUGUCCAGGAAAUGUGUGGCUGUGUGUCUGUGUACAUUAUUCCACACUUUGCAUAAAUCUGAGAAGAUGCUAAUCGGAACAUGGCUAUAGCAGCAAAUACAUACAAACAAACACACACACAUACACACACACACACACUUCUUCACCCCCCCUCGCCAUAAUCAAACAUUUCCAGACGCAUGCAGACACAUCCCAGAUCGGCCUCUCUAAUCGUUGGUACAUUUUAACAAUUACUGCUAACAAGUCCUUAUUACCCCCAGUGCCCUGCCCCUCCCCUUGAUCCCAGCUUCUAAUUGCUGCUGCUGUUUCUGAGCAGCUCUCUGCAUAGUUAUUAGACAAGAAUCAUUACCAGCACGUAACACAGGGCCACACCACGCAAAAACUCACAGUUCACCGCCACUGACACCAAACACCUGUGUUCUAGGUGAAGAAAGUACUCAAAGUGUGUAUAUGUGUGGCAGAGUGUGUUUUUGUGUCCCCACUUAAGUCCCUCCUGCUGACUGGGCGGUGUGUUUAUCCUCCUGUAGAAACGGCCUGUCACACACACAUUAAAACCUAGCUGUGUUUCUGCCAGCCUACAAGAUCACCUAAUGACUAGCUAGCUGUAGGAAGGAAAACGCCGCUUUGAUGAGGAAGGAUAUUGUGGCUCGGCUGUCCUCGCCAGCAGCUCUACUUUCAAAGGCCUGCAGAUGUUAAAGGAGGGGGAGGGGGUGACACUGGCUCUCACAUCGCUGUGUCAGUGAGCAAGGAUUUGAUGCAAGGCAGGGUUGAGUCUGUCUCUGUUCAGGCAGAUAAACUAGACAUUUGUGUUCAGAAAAGCUGAAAAUCAGCCGUCAUAAAAAUAGGGAGUGUGCACAUUUGUUAAAUGAUUUCCCAGUCAUAUUGCUCCAAAAUUAAGAAUCAGCUAUCCUCAUAUAAUCCAUACCUUUGACCCUGACCACAAUAUUCGAUCUGUCUUUAUCACUGGAUGUCUUUAAGCCUUAAACAAUUUUAAUUUUUCUGACAAUAAUAAUGAGAUUUCCUCAGGAGGAAUCCUGCCAAAUAUAUCACUAACUUUUCUUAUAUAAAGGCUUUUUCCAUUUAUCAACAUCUAUUCAAAUACAACCCCCACAAGUGCAACACAUGGACUGCAGUAGCAGCUGGUGCAUUUUUCUUCAGGGGAGGCAACAACAUCCAAAACUCAAAAUGUUCAUGUUCCAUAAAAAGGGGAGAUGACAGAUUUAACACUAGUGGAUGUAAUAAAAGGCAUCUGUAUUUGCGGAUCUGAGUGCAUGGAGCAUUUUCCAUUUGGACCCUUGUUUAUUCAAGCUUUACAUCAUUAUACCUGCCUGAAUCCAAGCUGGGCCUGAUCCUGAUCUUUGAAAAAAGGUGGUAGGGGAAGCUAAACAAAGAAUUAGCUUUACUGUAUGCCAUUGUCCAAGCCCUCCUCUUGAAAACAACCAAGUGUCAUUUCCUUCUUUGUCACUGAAAUGUCACUUGAUUUUUGUAGUCUGGCUGAUCAGGUCCAAACUCUUCAACUCCCAGCUUCUCCUGCAGAGAUCUUCAAUUAAAAAAAAGGGGAAAAAUUGCAUUAUUUUUCAGCCACAUAACUGAAUUUUCUUUCUGCAAGUACUGAAAGUCACUGUGAGUCACUUAAUUGUCAGUUGCAGAUAUAGAAUUAUCCUCAGCAGAAAUCCUCAUGAUGAUGAGGUUGCGUACAAGAUCUAUUUUUUUCUGCUCUUUGAUACAACAAAGCCCUGCAUGGAGAAGGAUACAACACUCUGUUGAUACCUGUAGUUGAUGAAAAUGAAGCCUGGCCUGCUUGGUUGUUGUCUCCAUCAGGCUCUUAUCUUGAGAAUCAUACUAGCCUGGGGGUCUUUAGCCACUAGCUCUGAAUUAGCAUAUUGUUUUUGCAGGUGCUCAAGCAGAUUUGAUGCAGAGGUCAAGUUUUUUGUGGCCAGGGAACAGUUCACACUUGACCUUUGUGUUCUUGUUCUUCUUUGCAACAAAAUCAAAGAAAGGUGCAUAUCUCCAAGUCUCAAAGAUGCUUUUAGUUGCUCCUCUCUGAGUGUCUGUGGGUGGGGGGUGGGUAUGAGUGUGAGAGGUUUUUGGGGGUCUUGAUCUGUAUCACUAUCAGGUCUUAAUCAAUGCUGCAAAAUUAAAAUCAUCUGAUCAUUAAUCUGAACAGAUUCUUGUUUUGAUUUUGAUCAGAUUUUGAUCAGUGAUUGCAGAAAGCACAGUGACUCUUGUGUCAGUGUUCAUUUGUUUACAGUGCAUUUACCUUAAAGUACCUCUGUGCCUAAGUGUCCUAUAACAGCUGACAUGGUUCUUCAUCUUUUUACUUGAGAUCAAAUUUGCCCACUAUAUUUUUAUCUAGGUGAGACUUACUGUAAUACCUGUUUGCUUAUGUAAAUUCUGAAGAUUUCCUUCUAUAUCUGCUUCCCCACAGAGGACCUGUUGCCAUUCGGCUUCCCCAGCAUAGACAUGGGUCCCCAGCUGAAGGUGGUGGAGCGGACAAGGACAGCCACCAUGCUGUGUGCUGCAAGUGGCAUCCCGGACCCGGAGAUCUCCUGGUUCAAAGACUUCCUGCCUGUGGACCCCAGCUCGAGCCAGGGUCGCAUCAAGCAGCUCCGAUCAGGUGGGAUUGACAAGCAGUAACUGUCAGAUUAUUUCAUUUGGAAAUAAGUAAACAAACAGUGCAUCUACAGCUUAGCAUUACUAUCGUGGUUGAAAUCCCUGUUGCUCUAAAUUUGGUGAUUAUCGUGUUUUAAUUAGGAUUGAGGGAUUACAUGCUCCUCUCUGAGUUUAUCUGCAUCCUUUGGGGGUGUAAAACCUUUUUAAAGCCAAUUUUUAUAAAAGGAUAAUUGUGCGGUCCUUAAGCCAUUAAAAAUGCAGUUUUUUAUAACAUUGGGGAGAGAAGAUUAGAAUAGGAUGACACUUAAAAGGCGCAAAUCUCUUCCAUUGUGGAUCAUAAAUGUCAAAUAACAGCAGCAUGAAAAAGAAGAGCCUCAAGUGGGUUGAAGAAGUUACAAACAACUACAAAGUAGAGAACUUUAUAAUGAAUGCUUAAUGAAAUAAUCAAUCCACCUCCUCAAAAAAAAACUUAGUUCUCUUUUCCCAGAUUUCAAAAUCAAUGCAUAGUGACGGGAGUUUCUCCACAUUAGCUUUUUAACUGAUGUUCCUCUUAUCUUUGACCCGCCCAGCCUGAGGAGUGUGAAAUGAACUCUGAAUGUAAAAUCACUCUGCCAGGGACGGUAAUAGGAAAAAGAGAGAGGGGGAAAUUGUUUUUUGCAGGGUAAAAAACUGCGUUUGUGCUGACAGAUCAGAGGAUGAAAACGGAGGAAUAACAUCUUGCGUUUAAGACAGUCUGCUCAGCUUUGUUUAUGCUCUCCUGUAUGGAUGAUACAGUGUCUCCUGGAGGAGGCAGACGUGUAUUUUCUCAGCCAUUCCCUCUUAGCCAUCCUCAAGGGGAAUGAAAGUGAUGGUGAGGCGAAACCAUUUUGCUGUCGCUUCAUCCAUAUUCUCUGUGCUCCUGCGUCCUGCCAGCUCCCAUAUCUCCCUGCUGUCAGCCAGUAGCCUUUACCGAACACCAGUGCCCUCUGUCAGCCUGUGAGCGUCUGUGGAUGCACGGUUCAUGCUAUUAUGAGAAAUAUUAAGGGGGUUCACAAUGGUAACUUAUCACUGUUUCUGUGUGUGUGUAUGUGUGUGUGUGUGUGUGUGUGAAAUGUAAUGCUCUGGAUGCGUGCAGUUUAAAAUAAUAACAGAUUUAAUCUCCCACAUGAAAUUAUAGGGAAAAGAGGGGGGUCUAAUCAGAUUUAGUCAGAGAGCUCAUUUAUUCUGACUCUGUAAGUAAAAAGCAGUCUGUAACUAUCAGACUCCACUCUGAAAUGAAGGAAAAGGUCACAUAUAUGCAAUUAAUGGCUUCAUACUACCACACAUAGUAUCAUGCAAAGCUGCUUUAGCAAAAACUAACCAUAGACGAUUUGGAAAUGUGGAAAUUUGUGUUUUACAGUUUAGAUAAAAACACAAUGUGAGAUCAAGCUCUCAGGCUAUUUGAACUAAAUUCCAAAAAUUGGACGACACUAAAAUUCAUGAGCAUUGCAGUAGAAAUCCAGUAAAACAACAUUUAGAGUCAAGACUUUGUUUGGCGAUGUAAUGCAAUUAUAGCUAACAAGAUUGGCUUGGGUUCCUGGACUUUGAUCAAAUCCAAUAAAGCAAGAACAGAGUUCUUAACGUUAGUCUUAACUCAGAUACAGUAACAUCCGGAGAGAUCUUCUGUAAGUAAAUACUACACACAGGAUGAUACUGUACUGGACAGAGUGUUUCCAAAUGUAAUCUGUGACUCAGAGACAAACUGAUGAUGUGCACUGUAACCUUGGAGAAAGGUGCAAAUUAUUCAGGGGUGCAUUGGGUAAAAUGGCCCCUGGGAUAUCUGAUGCCAUGCCAAAACUUUAAACUUACACCUGCAAAAACUAAUCUUACACCUCUGUGGUGUCUCACCUUCAAUAUGAAGGUGUAUGUGAGAGAGUGUGGACAACAACAUAUGAAUAUCUCCAGAUUUUCAGCAUUACUUUUUAUUGUACACAUUAAGUACAAUUUAAUCAUAGUUUAAGGUGUUCCUUCUAACCCCCACGCAGACCAUCAAUUAAACUCUUUAACCGCUGAAUUUUCACAUUUUAUUACUUGUUUGAAUUUUAUCCAACAUGUUAUUCAGCUCACAUAAAACAAUAUUCAUAUUUUAGAUCUUGUUGAAUAAUAUCUCACUAAGUAAAUCAUGGUGUUCCCCAAGGGUCAAUAGUAGGUCCUGUCAAGUUUUCCAUACAACAGUGCAACCAAUACACCAAUAAGAAAAGCAAAGAGGUGUUUUACCCUGAAGAUGCUACUGGCUUAAACUGUGUCAAAAAAUGCAUCACUGCACUAAACAUGCUGAGACAAAUAGCUAGCAAGUGGACAGGGUUGGCUGUGUUACUUCUUCACAGCUUUUCUCCCUCAUUAGGUCAUAACCAUGUUUUUUAAGUAAAUGGUGUUAUAUCAGUAAGUAAAUAAACUUUGAGAAGUGGAAUUGGUCGUGGACAGUGCCUUACAAGUAUCAACACCACGGAUGGGUGAUAAAUUCAUGUUCACAAUUUACCAUCUGAAAAAUCCUCCACGAUAAUUAUUUUCUAUCUCGUGAUAAAUGCGAUAAAAGCAAGUUGACGAACUCAAAGCCGUAGCCCAUACAGAGCAGAUUAACAAACAAACAUGGCAGAAGGUGGUGAAGAUUGGGGCAUAGACAAGUGCAAUUAGGUAUACCUGACAUCAGACAGUGGAUCUGCUGCUGCAGUUCAUUCUGUGCAAACUAAGAGUUUUCAAUGAAUCUGGAAAGAGUUUUCACUUUCAGACUUGUUUGACUUUGCUAGUUUUCUCCAUAACCUACCACUAAACUUGUGGUUAAGUAUCAUAUUUGACUGUGCCAACUGAUGUUCUCAAGACAGAAUGAGUUAAAAAGAUUGAUUGGAAUUAUAAUAUUUUUUAUAGGACUUUUAUCGUUGUCACCAGAAUGGCAAAACUUAUUGUGAUAAAUUUUUUAGCCAAUAUCGCCCAUCCCUAAUCUACACUACUGCAGGGUGAGCUGUAGGUGGCUGGAAUGCAGACUUUACACGGUAAAAACAGACUUUUUUCCUCAGGUGACCCUAAAAAACAGACUCCAGAUUUAACGGUAGCUCUAUGAUUAAUCCUUUCAGAACAAGUCAAGUAAUUUUAAGUGUUGUCACUCUGCUGCGUCGCUUGCUAAAGUUAAACGUCUGUAUCACUUCAAUACUUUCAUAUUAGUUGUUUAGGUAGGUGUGAUAAGUUACCCAUUCAUAUGUCAGUGCUCCAGUUUGGCCAAAUGGAAAGUAGUUUAGUAGGUAGCUGUUGCCCACUCUCUCCUACUUCUAGCUCCUCUGCCUAUUUCUUUUAUCAAUCCUGUAACUCACUGGUGUGCUCAUUUUUUUUUACUGACACUGUUUAGUGCAGAGUGCUUGUGUAAUUGCCUUUGGAUAAAAUACCCUGCAGUUGGUGUGGGUUGAAGUUUGUGUAGGAAAAGUCGUGUUGUUGCAUGGAGGCAGGUGAGCCAGUGUUUGGACAAAUAAAACUUAGAGACCAUUAAAGCUUUGGUAUCGGGGACAUAAGGUACAUGCCAGGGGGAGCAGUGUCGUGACUGUUUUAUGGACUUCUAAUUGUGAUAAAUACUUUGCAAACAUUUUAUAUCUUGCCCAUAAUUUAUGAGAAAGCGUUGGCGGCCUUGGAGCUACAAAAAAGAAACUCUCUCAAACACUUCUAUGCUGCCUGUUUUUUUUGUUUUUUUUUUCUUGCUACUCUCUAAAGUAGAUUUUCAUUCUGAUACAGCGUUGUGAAUACUUAUUCUUGUAGCCCAAAAAUGGUAAAUAAUUUAACAAUCCAUCAUAAUACGUUUCACUUGGUGUGUUCUGAGGCUCAUUGUGCCCUCUAUAGGGUGUCACACAAAGACAUGACACUGAUUCACCGGUACAGAACGUUGGGGCACAUUUCACAUCAAUGAAACAGUAGGAAGACAAAUGGCUCGGUGAGAUUCACCACAGGGCUUUAAUAGGAUUUCAAAUCACCAAAAGCAUCACGAAGCUGAACAACAAAAUGCACUGUAUAAUGAACCAAACACUGCAGUGGAAUGACUUGGAGGAAAUCAAUUACACCUAAGCUAAGGCGCAAAAUAGCAGCGAGAUGUGUUAUGGAUGAAACGCUCCUUUAAAAUCUGUUUAAUGAGGGCACCUUCCAAGCAGUGCCUCUGAUUUCGUGGACGUCUGCCAGCUCUCGUUGGAGCACAGCCAGGGAUCUGUUCUUGGCCACAAACAUUGUUUUCUCUCUGUCUUUCCUUUUCUUUCUCUGCUGGAAAUAUUUUUACGGCCCAUAUGGGUCAAAAUGAAAAAUGAUGUUGAGAAUGGCCGCACUGAAAUCCCUCUAAAGAUGACUGUUAGCCACUUUACAGCCCAUGAGUAUCCAUCAUCGGCGGUGUCCUCCCUCUGCAGGUGACUGUCCAAAAGGUGACAGUCGUGAACGCCAGCUUCCUGUGGGUUCAAACAUAUGGCGCUGUAUAGAGUUGAACUUCCAAACAUCUUUAUACAUCGACUGAGGGAUCCAUCUAUUUUUCCAUGCCAUCUGCUGCACCAGUUUAGAUGUGCGUGAGGAGAGCUGUGACAAGCAAUCCUUCUAUCUCUGACAUUUGGGACGAGAUCUGGAGAGUUUACCUAAGCACUUAGCAGCCCUCGCGACCCACACACAAACAGAUGGCAAGCAAUAUGGACCCUGAGGUUGACUGCUGGGUAAUGGAUGGACCUGUCCUGGCUGAGAUUUGAUCAAAGGUCGUGGUCAUGGUACCUAAAGCAAAACAGAGGAGAGAUUACACUGUUUCUUUAAAUCAGCCUCACAGGGAACCACUAACAUGUAACGAAGAAGUAAAGGAAGAUCUCAUACAGGGAUCACUCAGACUUUUUUCUUAAAAGGCCAGUCUUCUUUAAUCAAGACCGACUUAAUACAUUGCCUGUGCGUCACUGAAUACCCCUGCCUCUGAAUUUAUUUCUGAUCCAGCUUGUUUAUCUGUCUGUUAGCCAGCAGGAUCUCUUCUUAAAAGCAGAUUGCAGUGAAAUUUGGAUGGUAAAUUAGGACACUGGCCAAAAAUAAAAGUCAUUUAUUUUUGGAAGAGAUCCAGGAUUAUUUUUAUUUCAAGGAAAUCCUUUUACAGAUGAUAUGACUGAUCAUGACUAAAUGAUAGAAAAUAUGCAGAUAAAUGUGUUUUAUUCUGUCAUUUGUCAUACUUGUACCCUCAGAAAACUUCUAAAAAUAACAGGGAACUGUGUAAAAUUUUAAAAAGGAAUUAAUUGCAAACUAUUUACAGCCUGUAUUUAAUUUAAGUCAGCACAAACACAACAUAUGAAAUGAUAAGUCUGAAAAAAGGUGUCUUUUGAAAUAUAUGCUCAUUUUAAAUUUGACACCAGAAACCAUUUCAACCACAGGGGCAUGUUUACCUUUGUGUUGCAUCAGCUCUGUUUUUAACAACACUCUGUGAAAUUAAAGGAAACAAAGAGACCAGCUUCUCAAAUGUUGAAAGUGAAAUGUUACCUCAUUCUAACCUGGUUUCAGCAGCUGUACAGCUUUGGUCUCUUUUGUCUUAUUUUUUGUUUUGUGAUAUGCCAAAUGUUUUCAGUGGGUGACAAGUCUGGACCUUAGGCAGGUCAGUUUGGCACCAGGACUCUACUCUUAUGGAGCCGUGCUUCUGUUGUAUUUGCAGAAUGUGGUUUGUCAUAGUCAUGUUGAAAUAUGCGAGGCAUUGGCUGGGUGGCAGCAUAUGUUGCUCCAAACUGUGUAAACAUUGUCCAGCAUUAAUAAUGUCCUCCCAGAUUUGUAAGCUACACACGCAGUGGGUACUUGAGCAACCCUAUACUAUGAGGGAUUCAGGCUUUUGUACUGUGGGCUCCCUUCUAGCAGCCUCUCUGACUUCCAAAUUGAAAGUCAAGUUUUGAUUAAUCAGACCACAGGACAGUUUUCCACUUCCACUCUGUCGAUUAUAAAUGAGCUCAGGCCCAGGGAGGUUGCUAGCGUUUCUGGAUCAUGUUUGUAUCUGGUAGUGUUGAAGCUAUGCAGGGACACACACUACUGAGUCGUGUGUGUUUUUUUUAAUGGUGUGCCAUCUAAGGGCCGAAAGGUUUUGGCUAUCCACUCUUGGUUUUUGGUGUAGUCCCCUUUCAUGCAAAGGUUUCUUCAAAUUCUGUGAAUCCUCCCACUGAACAUUUUUUGGUCUACAAGAGGUCUAAUAGACGUCUAAAUGUAGUCUAGAAGACUGGCUAACAGAGGUCUACCAGUAUAUUGCUCAACGGCUAUCAUAAUUAUUUUGGUUUAGUACUCAGUUAUGCAAAUCACAGUUGCUUUUUGAAGUAAAUACUUAUCGAAUAGCGGGUUAAAGUGCAACGUCUAAAUUCCGUCUACAGAUAUACAGAAUCUAGACGGUUGAAAUAAGGUCUAAAAAAUAACUAGACGUCUAAUAGCCGUCUAUUGCUCAGUGGGUUGUUAAUGAUAUGAAUUGUGUUUGACAAAAUCCUCAAACACACUGAACAUUAUGCUGCAAUUGCUGAAGACUGUGCUCGCGGUUUUGCUCGCACAGUCUCUCACAAAGCUGUGAGCCACUUCUCAUAUUUAUUUUUGAAAAACUGCCUAUUUGGCCAGUAACCAACUGGUUAAAUCUUAAUCUAGUCAUCAGGGAGAUGGUUCUGCAGGUAAAUGAUUUGUGAGUCAUUAAUAUCUGUUUUUAUCACCAGUUUAGAUAGCCUACCAACUUCUAUGCAAUCAGAAUUAUGUUAUUAUUCCCAUUUCUGUGCAUGUUGAUCAAAAAUAAUCAGUAUGGUACUUUAAGUUAUGAUUGUUUCUGUUAAUAAUUUACUUGCCAAGCCCACCGAGCAAUAGAAGGCUAUUAGACUAAUAGUUUUUUUUUAGACCUAAUUUCAACCAUCUAGAUUCUGUAUAUUUUUAGACAGAAUUUGGACGUUGCACUUUCACCCAUUAUUUGAUAACUAUUUAUUUCAAAAAGCAACUGUGAGUUGCAUAACUGAUCUCCAAGUACUUAACCAAAAUAAUUAUGAUAGCUGUUGUGCGAUAUAUAGUGUAGUAUAGAUUUAGCCCAGAUUUAGACUUGGUCUAAACUUGGUCUAAAUUUAGACAUCUAAAAAACUUUAAUUUUAAGACCUGUGCUAGCCUGAUUUUAGACCAGUCGUCUAGGCCACAUUUAGACAUCUAUAAGACCUCUUUUAGACCAAAAAAAUGCUCAGUGGGAGUUUUCAUACAGUUAAUAAAGUAAGCUAAGAAGAAAAGCCUGUCACAGCUGCCACAAUCUAGGAAGGUGAUAUCUAUUUCUCAAUAUGCCUGAUCAAUUACCAAAGUAUAAACGUGUUCAAUCUGGUGGAAUAAAAAAAAAGCAAGACAAUAGACAUCAACACCAAGAAUAAAAAGUUAACUUAGUUGGUAGUUAACAAUACAUUGUCACAGAGUUGUGAGGUUGUCAAAGUCCUAAUCAUUUAAUUGUGAUAUUGUUACCUUGCUUUAAAAGUUUUUUUUUAUAUUAUUAUGGAUAUGUUAACCUUAAGAACUGUGUUGAGUAAGUGUAUUCCAGUAUAAAUAGCCUUAGUCUGUCUCCACCGUUGGUAAUGUCCGGUCUCAGUUAAAGUUAAUGUCCCUCCUGUGGGAGAUAUGGAGUCCAGCUGAUCUGUUUGACCUACAUGUUCUCGCAGGCCGAUCAGGUUAGCAGUAUCUGUUGUCAUCCAAUCGGCAGAGUCUUUGCCCAGCAGACAUAAUACACCCUCUGCGAUUUCACAGCAGCUCGAUUUACUGAAGUCACAUCUCAUUCUGGGUCUGUCAGCAGCUUCUACACACACUAACAAACUGCUCUGCCUCUCCCUUCUCUUCUUCUGUUAUCUUUCACUCUCCCUUUUUACAGCUUUCUAUCCUGCUCCUCCAAACUGCCUCUCAUUAUGUUUGUGUGUUACCAGAUAUGCAUCUUUGGUUUAUGCACACACGGUAACCUUUAUAUAUGCAUAUAAGCUGACUACUAUUACGGAACGACUUGUCUUUACAUAAAAGAAAAAUUCAAUCCCCAAUUUCAAAUUUGUGCUGAUAGUUUGCCAUACGAGCUGCUUCCAGCUGUCAGAUGAGUUCCUGUUUGUAAAGCUCCACCUGUCCGGCUCCAUCUCUCCUCCACUCUGUCUUUUUCUUCUUCCUCCUCUAUGAGAAGAAGGCUCGGCUUGUAGAGCAGAUAAUUUAUUCCUGUUUAUCUCCCAACUCGGCCCUGUACCACGGGGAAAUGGGAGAUGGAGAAAUAGAGAAAGAGGAUGGCACGAGCUGUUUUUCUUUCAUGUAACGCAGAAGACAGAAACAAAUGGAUGACAGCUCCAGCUCGCAGGGCCUCAGCAGACGAAACACACACCCAUGCCCCAGCCGAACAUAACAAGUCAAACUUUUGCGUCGUCGUAACCUCCAAAAAAACAAGUUGUUUAAACUUCAGCAUAUUCUGAUCGGCUAAUGUGAAGACUCACACACACUAACACACAUACACACACACAGAGGGGGUCUCUGUGGAGCCUUUUAGUGCUUAACUGGCCGGCUUUUUAAGAUUUAAUCAGUGAAAGCUUUUCCCUCCAUUAGGAUAACACACCAUGUGAACCGUCUGUGUCUGCUGUGGUGUAAAAUAACUGUCCGUAUAUCAACUCAAGCUUUGGAUUUAGUUUCAAGUACAGAGCUACAAGUGGUGAUUAUUUUCAUUUUCAGUGACCAGACUGGAAUUGAUCGAGCUAAUGAUCUGGUCUUUGAAUGGUCAGAAAAAACUCUUUAAAUUCUAGUGGGGCAGUUCAACAAACCAAUGUCUGGUAUUAUUAUUGUCAAAUAAUUGGAACCGUUUAACCAUUUAAUGACCACACUCAAUAAUAUCAAUAGUGGAUCCAUAGUACCAUAUGAUAAAUACAGAUAAUAUGGUCAUACAAUUGAAAAAGAUGCUCUGAAAAUAUACAAACAGUAUUUAAACUUCAUAAAAGUUGUAUGUCAUUGGUAUAAGGAAAAAAGACCAGAUUUCCAUCUAGGGCUGGGCGAUAUGGCCUCAAAUGAAUAUUACGAUAUAUUGAGCAGUUCACCUGGAAAACAAUAAAUGGACAAAAACUACUCCACAAGCUGCUCACCCCCUCCCACAUAAACUUCAUCUACUUCAGCCGCUACAACUUUUGAACCGUCCUCCGUCUCCUCACCUGUCUUUCCCUUUUUAUUAUGGACUGGAUUGGGUGAAGUCAUGUCUCUGACAUAGGACAGCAUCUUAAAGGGACAUGAGACCAUAACCUACCUACACACAUCCAAAACCAACUUUUAUUUAUUUAUUUUUUUGACACAGAAUAUAUUGAUAUAGGCAAAAUGACAUUGGUUAUUGUCGUCAAUUUCAGUAUCAGCAGAUUUUCGUUUUAUCGCUCAGCCCUACUUUCAUCUAUCUUAUUUUUUGUUUGUGCUCCUACUCUUCUUUCUCUCUCUCUCUUUUUUUAAUGCAAGUCUGCAGAUCAGAGGAUUGUUUUUAAGAUACAACCUGAACAAAAUGUAAUAAAAGUUACUCUCUUUAACUCACCCAGCCAAAUAGCUUUGGUUGUUCUUUGCUCAGUUUUGACAGCAGCUCUUUUUUUUUUUUUUUUUUUUUUACACACGAUUCAAUAUCACUCAUGCACCUCUCAUCAACCACACAGCGCUGAUUAAUCCUGUUACCACUAAAAAAAAUAAAUAAAAACUCUGUCAUCCUCCACAGUUUUGAAAUCUAGUGUGGGUGUUGACUCUGGUGCUGGUAUACAGGUAAUGAACCAGCAGUGAUCGGUGUGUGCAUGCUGGGUAAUCAUGAGGAAAAAGUUCUGAUGCUUCAAAAGGAAUAAAGUGAGUCUGUCAUUUAAAAGUGUAAUGAAAUACACAGUUGAGUAUUUAUGGGUUGUAGCACUGUGUUGCUAUUCUUACUUUAGUCAAAAUGUGAAGAUACUGUUAAAUUAAAUGUACAUACAAAGUAAUAUCAUGAAAACACUCUAUAUUUCUGUUUCUUUUGAUAUAUCUGUUCUUGUAAUAUAAACCAGACCCCUUUAUCAGUUUUACAGAAGAUCUGAUACAAAACACUACGCUUGUGUGUGUGCUUGUGCACUGUGUGUCUCUACAUGCCUCUCUAUCUGUGUGUGUGUGCGUGCGUCCGUUUUUUUUUUUUUUUUUUUUAGUUUUGUCUUUUUUCUCUCUCUUCCUGCAGCAGAGUGUAAUCCAUGGUUUUGUGCUUCCUCCUCAGGCUCCAUGUCAAAGUCAGUUUCAGAUGAGAUGAAUGUGACAGAGCCGGCUGAAAAAAAAAAUAAAAAAAAAUCACUGCUGGUAAUUCAAAAAGCUGUUAGCAAAAAAAAAAAAAAAAAGGUUUUAAGAAGCCGUGAGAAUGGCACCGCGUGAAGCAAAAGAAACAAAAGAAUACCUGACAAGCACUGUGUGUAAUUAUAGUACAUUUAGGGAGACACUGUUUACCAUGCUGGGAUCAGGGGAGGAGGAUAAAAAUUGAGGAAGUAAAAGGAACAAGUUGAGGAGUUAAAGAGCAUCGCUGGGUUGUAGCCGCAGGGGGAAAGCCGUGUAGUUGCUGCCAGUUAACUGCCAAGAUAGAAACAGACUUUCUUCGCCGCAGCAGUGCUGUAGGAGAGGAAUAACUUGCUUGCAAAAAAUAUAUACAACAGAAGCUCCCUUAAAUGUCAUAGAAGUUUAUAAAAAGUCAUUUUGAGACUUGGCCUCCAAACUUUUUGGGAAAAUGUAAAAUUUUUCAGUGUUUUUACGAGUCUGUUUGCUUUUCGAGAGGGGGGUAAAGUCUAAAAUAAUCUUUUUAUUUUGCUGAUGGUUUAUAAGAGCAUGGCCCAUUUUUAUGAUGUUUCACAGAUAUGACAACAAAACUGACUUCAUUGGAUGUUAAAGCAAUAGAAGGGCGGAUAUGCCUGGGGUCAAAAUUUAACAGAAACAGACCAGUAGACAAACGUAGCAGGAUGAAAAGCAGAGGAUGCAAAGAAAGCGAGACAGCAGCAACAGCAGCAGCAGCAGGGACUGUUUUCUGCAAAGUCAACUAAACAUCUUUAUUCUUUUCUCUCCUCCUGUCACUUUGUGUCUCACAGGAGCGCUGCAGAUCGAGAACAGCGAGGAAACCGACCAAGGGAAGUAUGAGUGUGUGGCCACCAACUCCCAAGGUGUACGUUACUCCUCUCCUGCCAACCUCUACGUGCGAGGUAGGACCAGAUCACAUGACAUGUGCACCUCACGCGCACACAUUCAAAGACAGAAAACCACACAGAAAUCUCCACAUUAAAGGUGCUGCUAUAAAAAGCAUAUUUCUUCUCCAUAGCCGUGCUCUUACUGUAAACAAGUAUUACUAACCCAUUCAUUGUCUACAGUAUUUGUUGACUCUGUUGUUUCUCACAACCACCUUUAACAAGUCCACCUUAAACCCCGGUGUGAGCCCCAACGGUGAAAUCACAUUGAAGAUGAAGUCGGGGACACACCUCGGUUUAACUGCAUGGAAACAUCACUGAUCUGUCUACUAAAAUGGUUUCUGUACAAGAGGCGAAUGAAACAAAAAGUACCAAAUUGGAAGCCAAACAACCAAAAUAUAAUUUGUUAUUAAAUAUUUAAAUAACGGCCACAUGUGAGCCCUGUUGAACUGAUCCUAGUUUGGACUGUGGGUGCUUAUUGGCUCAAAGACCACAACCAAUGUUGAGAAGUAUAAGUUCUACUUUCUAUGUGAAGUGCGUUAUCAGAAGAGUGUGAAUGUGACACGAAAGAGUGUGUGUAUGUGUGUGCGUUUGCGUGCAAGUGUGAUGCAGAGGUGCGAGUGGCUUUGCGCUGGCCGUUUUUAUUCUCUCUGUGUUUCCCCGUUCUCUCUCUCCCCCCCUCACGUCAUUGUGUUCUGCAUCAACCCCCUCUCAUCCCUCAGAGCUUCGAGAAGGUUGGUGUGCUCUUUCUUUUCUUUUGUUACUCCUUUGUUUCAGAAAGCUUUACUUGUUGAAACAGAGAGAAACAAAAAAGAAAAAUAAAAGACAUUUGAAGGACGUUGGAUUAGAUUUUUUUUAAAGUGAAAUGUCUCCAAAAUUAUAGAGAGUUGAUUUUUCUAAAGCUGCUACGAUGAUGGUGAUGAUGAAGUGGUCUGCCUACGCAGCAGAGUGCAUUGUCUGCAUUGUGAGGCCUUGUGUGCAGAACCCUUGGUAUUGCCUUCACUCCCCGAUCAAUGUUUUCUGCAUGGUAUGAUCUUGUUGUCAUGGAGACCCAAGAAUUGGAAGAUUAAAAAAAAGAGGCGAUGUUUGCAUGAAAGGAGUGAGAGAGAGAAAGAGAAAGAGAAAGAGAAAGGAGCACCACUUGCAUGUGUGUUGAUGGAUGGACUGACACAGGAGCAUGGCACAGUGUGUUCACGCCUAUUGAUAUGCUCAAGAUGUGAUAUUAUCAUUGAACAUGCGGUCUUGUCAUGUCUUGCAAUUGUCUCACUUUUUUUUUUUUCCAGCUUUGUGUUAUCAUGUGUGUGUCACAGCUCCCAUGACAUCACAUCUUGUCUAAAUAUGUGCUUGUUGGUGGAAAUCUUGCACUCGCUGUCAUGCUUGCACUUGCCCUUGUGUGUCUAGGUGCGGCGUGUUGUGCAGGUUUGCAGGCGAAGCAUCAGUUAUUUUUGCCAAAUUCACGACAUCAAGACGGCGGGGGAACUAUCAUGUGAACAAUGGUGGAAAGAAAAAGAGUGUAUUUGUAGGUGUCUAAAAGAGAGAAAUGUUGUUUUUCACUGUGCUCCUUUGACUGUUAAUAGACACGGUUUAUAAACAGAUUAAACGCAGAAACUAUCCCAUGUCUUCAUGAACAUGUUGCCUUUUCGAGGCGUGUGUUAUUCAGAAGUUAAAUUUACGGGGUGCGCGGAUGGCUGAGCAGGUUAGCGCACCACAUGUAUGGGGACCACUGUCCUCGCAGUGGUUGCGUGUUCGAGUCCGGCUCCAACCAUGUGCUGCAUGUCCUCCCCCCUCGCUUCUAUCUCCCCAUAUUUCCACACUGUCCUACAAUAAAGGCUAAAAUUACCCAAAAUAAUCACAAUUUUUAAAAAAGUAAAAUUUACUAAAAUUACAAAAGAGCAGUGCACAUAUACCCCAGUCAGAGACAUUUACCUUAAACAUUAGCAUUAAGAUUAAACACUUUUAAAGAGUAAUCACAUAUUGUCAUAAUAGCUAGAUAAUUAGAUUAGAUUAGAUCAGAUUAGAUUAGAUAAGAUAGAACUUUAUUGUUCCUCUUUGGGAAGAUUCCCUCUGGGAAAUAAAAACUAAUGACACCUAAUGUGAGAAAUGAAUGCCUUGCUUAACUGUUUAGCUAUUUUUUAGCUUGUUGAUGCCACACCUGCUAACAAUGAUACAAACUAAAAAGCCUUCACACAUUGUUACCCUCCAGCUUCAGAUAUACAAAUCACUAACUAUCUUAUAAACUUCUUUAAACAAAUCUGUUUCCUCAAGGUUUGACAUUAACGGGUAUGUUUAUGUAUUUUAUAGGUCUUCUCUCUACUUGUAAGGUUUUGUUGGUUUGCAGCAUUUAGCCAUUUGAUGAUAUAGUUUCAAGUAAAUAUAUAAGCUGAAAAUAAACAGUUACCCUAACAGAGGCAACCUUCGGUAAAAGACACUCAGAGGUGCUUUUGGAGUUUUCUAAUACACUUAAACUCUCACAUCAGUGGCAUUGUUAUGCGAGAGUUUAGCUCCUGAUUAGGUAUUUAUAUGUUUUGGUCAUAAACUGAGUAAAGGAUUGAAGUAUUUCUGGUCUCCUGAAUUAAUUUGAACACCGAGGCACCCCUGUUUAGAGCUAAGGUAUAGCAAUAUCCCAGUCAAUUAUUUAUUUUCACACAGUCAGUGCUGUGUCCUGACCGUGGCUAUCUUUGCAAACACUCAGACAUAAUCUGUUGACUGACAUUUGAAAUUAAUCAUAUCAAUUCACAUUUUAGGUAACGGGUGGGGGGAUAUUAAUGAUUCCCUCUCACUACAGUGUUUAAUGAAAGCCGUGUCCUUGAGACAGACUGGAUGGUGCUGCGUAAAUGUCAGCUCAGUGACGCCGCUGCCGAACGGGUACAGCGCGGUGCAGGGAUCCAACGGUAAUCCUUACGGUUGUGCCAAGGUCUCCCCAGUCUGUAGCCUCCAGACUCCCUGCAGAGGACACGACUAAUGAUAGCUCUGCUAAUAAAGAUUGAGGCUUGAAGCUCUCUCAAACUGUAUAGAAAGUGGAGGGGAAUCAUGCAGCCCCGCUAGAUUAACUUUAAGCUGGAGGCUCUGUGAGCAUGUGAAGGAUUAUCCCUUGUUAUGAGCUCACUUCAUUGUAAAGUCCGCGGCUGUGUCUCUGCUGUGGAUUCUUCAGUCUUUUGUCUCUUUGCCGGGCAGAUUUCUUUAGAAAUACUCUUACUGCUGGGGUCAGGUUUUACCAAAAUGAUCAUCCUGGGUCUUCACCUUCAUCCUGCUCUUCCUCAUAUUACCACACUAAUCUAAACGCUUAACGAAUCGUCUUUUUUUGUUUAUUUUGUCAUAACUAUAGGGGAAAAAUAACUGACUGAUUGUAAUUGGUGGUGUUUUGUAUUACUGUAUUGAAUCUGCUUUGCAUGUCUUGUGCAUGGAGCUGUCUGUUAGUCUGUCUGUAUGUCUGUCUGUCUCCAGCAUGCACAUUUGAGGAGAUGCCUGCCUAAUCAUGUCUGUUCUCUAACAGAUCUACCUGUUUUUGUCUCUUUGUCUCUUUCGUGUCUUCGACUUCUGUAUCCAAUUCUGGGUAUCUUCCAUCUUUUGAUUUAUUCUCUUUUUUUUUUUUUUUUAAUUUCAGAUAAAAAUCAAAUGUUUUGUUACUCAUGAAACGACAGUGAUGUCAUGGCAACUUUUUUUUGUUUUGAUUUGUUGAAAUCAUGCCAAAAAAUGUUAACUUUUAUCCAAUUGUCUCUAGAUUCUUUGAGUAGGGGGGAUGUGGCCCAUGAAGAUUCCAAGUAAUGAUGUUACACAUUUUGGAGUGGAGGUUGUGCAGCAAAUUUCCCCAUAUUUAUUUACUUUUGUUUUUUUUAUCCUAACCUAAUCCUUUUUUUUUUUACUUACUUAAAACGUAGUGCUUCAUUUAAGCUAAAGGAAAGAGGCUCCUAUUUAUUUGCUCCCCAAGGUUUGAAGUUUACUUCUUUAUUUGAGGUUUUCUUAUCUUUUGUCCGUUUGAAUAGAAAAUUUGUUGCUCCUCACCCUCAUUUUUUAUUGAACGUACAAGCUACCUAGUAGUGAGUUAAGUUUUGUUUUUUCGGCUAUGUUUUUUGCUCUCUGUCUGCCCUCCCUUUCAUUCUCUCCUCCCAUACAGAAAUGUUUGUCCGUUUCUCUCUCUGUUUCCUGUCUUGUGACCCUGGGGUAUCUUCCUCCUCCUCCUCUUCUUCUUCUUCUUCUUCUGUUCCUUCAACAUCCGCUCUCUACUUCUCAGUCUUUAUUUCUAACCUUUGAAGCACCUCCUUUCUGAAUGGGCCUGACUCUGGUAUAUAGCCGUGUUUUUAAAAUAGAUCCAUGUGUUUUCUUCUUCCUCGCUCCUCUUUUCUUCCCCCCUUUUUCCCUCCUUCCCCCUAAAACCCUCUUCUAAUCCUCUCUUUAUCUCCACCUCCCUGUCUUCUCCCCUCCUUUCCCUCUCCCCUUCCUUUUUUUCUCUUCUUCUUCUUCUGCAUUCUGUCUGCACCCUGAUGUGUAGGAGCGACAGACACAUGUACAUAAGUUUAUUAACUUAUAAACAUGCACAUACUACCUCACAUAUCUCUCUUUUUUGCUCGCACUUGUUCUUUCCCGUUCUGCCUCUUUCAUGCUGUCUUGGUGUUCUUUACUCAAUGUGUCAAUGAUCACUCUGUAAUUUGCCACGACACCUUUUUAGACUCCACUCCUGUCCACAUCUCCAACUCAUUUGACUACACACUGUAUCAGUUAUGAAUCCUAUGUAUUGUACAGUAUCUUGUUGUACAAUGUGGCUGUCCUUUGCUACAUUGCCUGUCAUUGUCUGGAAGAGAAGCAGAGCUGCCUCUCUCUUUCUUUCUUUCCUUCUCUCUCUCUCUCUCUUUAUUUCUCUCUAUCUCUCGAUCUGGACCUUCCUCUAUCCCUCUAUCAGUGUCUCUGCUCUCGUCUUGCUUCCCUCCGUCUCCUCUUCAGUUCUUCGUUCUCUUCUUUGUGUUCCUCCACCAUUUUUUCCUCUUGAGUCGUCCAGGCAUGCAAGCGACCUAUGAGUUCAGUCUCUCGAUGCAUCUCUCCCUAAUACAAAGUCAACCCAGUUCUGACAGAUGCAGCAUCCGAUAUUCUUUGCCACUUCUCUUGUUCUUCUUAAGGGGGACACAAAUAGCAAGUAGGGCCUAUUGAUCGGCCCCUAUGAUGCAUACGCUCCCUCUAAAAAGAACCCAUAUGAUGCGGAAGCGCCCUGAGGCGAAAAAAAAUCACAAUGAAGUAAAAGUUUGUCACAUAAAGUCUUUGGAAAAGUUGAGCAUCUCCUUGAGGGGAAAAAUGAGAAUCUAACUAAAAAAAAAAUUAAUAUGAGUUUAAAAACAAUUACAAGAGAAACUGACUAUAGGUGUCAUGUCCUGGCUGAAACGAUACUCAAGAGUUUGUCACUUUAUGAUUUUUUAGGCAGCUCACUCUGAUUGGUUGAGCUCAACACAAGAUUUGUGUCUUUCUGUUGGAAUCAUUAGUACCAUAAAGUAAUUGGGACAAAACUUGAAAUAUCCCUUUGUAAUUUUCUGUAAAAACCCUGAAGUUCAUUCUCCCCCUUCCUGUUACCUCUCCUCUCUUCUUCUCUCUCUCUCUCUCCUUUUCUUUCUUUUUAACUUUCCUGACCUUGCUUUUCUCUCUCGAUCUUCACCUUGCUUCUCUGCCUCGCUCUUCCUCUCUCUCUCUCUUUUUCUCUCUGAUUCUCUCUCCCUCGCCCCCUUCCUCCCCCCUCCUCCCCUCCUCCUUCUUUCUCCGCCUUUCUUCUCCUCACUCCCUUCCCCACUGUUCUCCUCACCCUCCCCGACCCUUACCCCUAAACCCAUCCCCUCCCCUUUCUCUCUACCCUGACUCUCCUCCUUUCCCAGUGCGACGUGUGCCCCCUCGUUUCUCCAUCCACCCCUCCAACCACGAGAUUAUGCCAGGAGGGAGCGUGAAUAUCACCUGCGUGGCUGUGGGUUCGCCCAUGCCCUACGUCAAGUGGAUGCUGGGCAGCGAGGACCUCACCCCGGAGGAUGAAAUGCCGGUCGGACGGAACGUUUUGGAGCUCAAGGGGGUCCGGGAGUCUGCGAACUACACCUGUAUGGCCAUGAGCAGCCUGGGUAUCAUCGAAGCCAACGCUCAGGUCUUGGUAAAAAGUAAGAGAAGCUCGAACAACAUGAUGAAUCACCCAAAGUUUAUUGUUGAAUCAUAGCAGUGUGGGAGGAAGUAUAAUAUGUCCUUUAUUGCAAGUUGCUUGGUAAAUAAAUCUGCAGAAUAUGCGUCAUGGAGAAAUUAUAAAACAGUCAGUUCCAACCGAGGAAUCUGAUUGGACGAGAAACACUCUAUGAGUAUAAGGGACUGUCAACCAUUUGUUUUGACCCUGUAGUGGUCCAAAUCAGAUGAAAUGAAACAUUAUCUUUUUCAAAAUUAUAAAUAGUUGAUCCUCUUAAACAUGCAGAUGCACAAACGUAGCAUGAGGGCAGGAAAACCUUUGUGUUUCUAGGCAACAGUCAAGUUUAUGAAGUGGUCGUGUAGCCAGAGCCAAAUUCAUGAAUUGUUAGACAAUGAAAUGAUCUCUUCUUGUACAAUUAAAGAGGAAACUGGAGGAGGAAAAAUCACCAAAAUUUCAUAUGGAACCAUGCUCUUGUUCAACAGCACACUCCCUUGAAAUAUUAGCUUAAAGUCCCGUCAGCAGAUUUUAACUGGUUUAGAAACAGGACAAGAUUGAGACUGAUGCCUCUGUAUGACUUAGUGAAGUAAACAAAGCCGUCAGGGACAAGAAUGAGUGUAGUGAUUAUGAGUGUAAUGUACUUAUUGAUGACUUCAAUUGCUGCUUCAAAGCAGGACUGAGAAAAAGUGAGUUACAUUAUGUUGCAUAAAAAAAAAUCUUUAUUCGUAUUUUCCUCUGCCAAGAUUCUCAAUAAGUGAUGUGUUCAGUUGGAAAAGAAAGGAGCUCUGUUUGCACACAUACAGGACAACAUCAGCAGAGAUGAAAGGUGUUGUGUUAUCCUCAGAGGAUGGUAGAAUUCAAAGAAACCAAUCAAUAUGAAAUGUUGGAAUAAGUGAUAUAAUUUUCUUUUUCUGCCCUUUCUCUGAUCUCUAGCUUUGCCAAAGCCUCCCGGCACACCUAUAGUCACUGAGACCACCGCCACCAGUGUGACCAUCACCUGGGACUCUGGUAACCCAGACCCUGUGUCCUACUACAUCAUCCAGUACCGAGCCAAAGGGCCUGACAGCAAGUAUGAGACGGUCGACAGCAUCACCACCACCCGCUAUAGCAUCGGAGGACUGUACCCUAACACCGAGUACGAAAUCAGAGUGUCGGCCUUUAACAGCAUCGGCCAGGGGCCUCCAUCUACAAAGGUGGAGGCCCGCACAGGAGAGCAGGCACCUGCAAGUCCUCCCCGAAACGUCCAAGCCCACAUCAUUUCUCAGAACACAGUGAUGGUCCGCUGGGAGGAGCCGGAGGAGCCCAAUGGACAGGUGGGAUGAUGGGUGAUAUCAGAAGUAGAAAACACAAAUUAACUUUUUUUUACAAGCUGCUGUUUUUUUUCUCUCUCAUAAAUAACAAACCAGUUUGUUCAUUGAUAUCUGCAGCAAAAACCACUGCUAAAAAAUAGCCAUUCGGUUGUGAGUUCGUUCAGCAACUCGUCUUUUUAACAACGGCACACUAUACAAUCACAGUAGUUGUAAAGCACCAUCAAAACGCAACUGACUGUUUGACUUAUGGGGACAAUAAAUCAGCAGCAAUAAAAAUACAUCAAGGGGAGAAGAAUCACUGCAGUAAAGAUGACAAGUGAGGUAUGAACAACUGACACAAAGUGAAAAGUAAGUGAAAAGGUUAAAAAAAAAAAAACUGAUCAGACAGAAAGAAAUCCUAAAAACAGACCAAGUGUUUUCAGAAUCGCUCAGCCCCAAAGGUCCCGUUUCCUCUUGUUUUAGCUUCACCCUAGCUCGCAGUUAUAAAGGAAACCUCUGUGGGAUCAUCUCAGAAUACACUGUAGCUCCUGAUGAGCUCAAACAUGCAUCAAAUAGAUACCCAAUGCAGAUAUUCAGUGCAAAGAUAUAAAUAUAGGGUUUAAUGUUUGAGUAAAGAGGUACUUUAUCAUGUCUAUAUAGAACCUAAAUUUGAUAUUUUGUUUGAUAUUUCAUUAGCCCCAUUUUCCACUGAUCACUACAAGAUUUAUAGAUAGAUCUUUGAUAAAUUCCCUAUCCGUAGCUUUAUGCCAGUGUAUUGUUCACAUUCCGUUCUGGGACUGUGUCUUCCUCUUCCCAGAGAUGCCCCACUGUAACUCCCUCGCCACUUCCCCCAGCCGCUAAAGAAAGAAAAAGGUAAUUGGACUGUCCUCUCUGAGUUAAGAGCGCUCCCUCUUGAGGCCUAUUUCCUUUUUUGAGCCAACCUAUCUGUACAGUAUGUUCAUAAAAGUGCAAGAUUGAAUUGAGUGCAUAUGGGGAUUGUGGAUAUUAAAGAGUAAUAACAGGAGAGGUGAAAGAGGUGGUGAGGGUGAGGGCUGAAGCAUGGCAGAGGGAUUACACAUACUCUGAACUACCCAUAAACAAAUCCCAUGGGAGAGGGGUAUAGUGAUUAUAUCUUAAGCACUACAAUAUGAGGGCAUGUAUUGGAACUGGUUUGGUUUAAGCUUCAGAGUGACAUUUGUUUAUCAGGGUCAGCGGCACAACAGGCCCAGAAUCGCAGGGACAUCACCUUGUGACAGUGACCAUCACUGCCAGCGAAGCAACAAAUCCAUGAGACGAUCAAGAUUAAAGUGAAAAAUAAUUCAUAGAUGAUGACUUUGCUGUGAUAAACUCUGGUUGAGUUGUGGAUUAGCACUGCUGGAGAGUUAUUGGAAUUAGGCAAGAGACCAUUUCAUAUAGCAGGGGUUACCAGCGGCAUUAACAUCCGGACUAAAUCCACUAAGCAGCCUUUCUUUCUCUCCUCUUCCUCUGCUCCUGUAGGUGAAAGGCUACCGUGUUUACUACACCAUGGACCCAUCUCGGCCCAUGAACGAAUGGCAGAUACACAACGUCCAGGAUAGUGUGAUCACAACCAUUCAGAACCUGGUGACCUCAGAGACCUACACCAUCCAGGUCCUAGCUUUCACCUCCGUGGGGGACGGGCCCUUCUCAGACCCUGUCCAUGUUAAAGUCAUGCCUGGAGGUCAGUGUGUGUGUGUGUGUGUGUGUGUGAAAGUGUUUGCGAGUCCGUCCUUCAUGCUGGUGCGUAGGUAACCGUUCGGUCUUGUGCAGGAGAGUGUUUUUUGAAUCCGUGCACACAUGAGUCAUUAUUGUGUGUGAGCGAGAGUAUCCAAAGUGUUAAGUAGCUUAUCUGAGUGACUUAUGUAAAGUUUGGGAGGCAAUCCACUGUGAAAUACUUAAUAUAAGCUUGACCUGUCAGAAAAUAUGACUUCUUGAAAAUGAAUAAAAUUCCACCUGCCGGGAUGGAGCCGUGGAGACUUACGAAAAGGAAACAGGGAUUAACAGCCCAAGAUGUCCGUCGUAGCUCGUUGCCGCUGUGUCGCCGUGACAACUGCCGUGGCAGGUUUUUAUGUGAUGGGAGGUACAAAGGGAUGAUUACUCUGGUGGUAUUACUAGGUUGAGUUUGUGUGGAGAGCAGCUUGAGCUGCUGCUGCUGUACUAUUAAUAUACCUAAAAUGUCUGUUACCGUAGAGGAAGGGAGUGAUAAAGAAACUGCGCUAAUAAGGCAAGAGUUUGGAGGGUCAGGAUAGAAAUGAUCAAUUUCAAACUUUAAUCCUAGGCUGCUGAUUUUGGGUAAACACAAUGACUGAUAAGGUUAGAGGAAAAAAAAUCAAAUAUUACUUCAUUUACGGAUUAUUUUUUAGAAUUAGAUAUAAUAUUUGUUCCUAAAAUAUUAAUGUAGAGUAAAAAAAUGAAACAGAGUACAGCCAUCACAUGCAAGUAUUACAGUAUCUUAAGGAAAUGCUUAUUUGAAACAUUCAUUCCUAGAGAGGCUUCUGAAUAAAACAGUCCAGUAAUGGUGGAAACAGAGAAGGUAAAUUAGGUUAGCAUGAAACGAUUAAAAACACAUACAUCAGAGACAAAGCUGUGGAAGGACAUGAGUGCAGGUUUGUUACUGGAAUAACCAGGAUAUCAUCGCUCCUGUAAAUGUGGUCAGGUUUGCAGUACAUUUUAAAUGAUCAGGAAAUAAUUCCCAAGAUUUACUUCUCGCACAGAAAAUGUUGUUUUGUCUAAUCAAUCCUCCAAGUCUCCACUUGACACUGCUCCAGUUGAACUGCUGCAGCUGUGUAGUCCUCAUUUAACACAGAAAGGCUGAGGAGCAGGUCUAUUUCCAUAUUUGGGUUAAUUUGGUUGUGCCUUGUUGACAAAGCAGUUUCUCCUAUCUCUUCACUAUAUUUGAAAGUUAUUUUUUUCCAAAAGAAAAAUCUCAUCCUGUUUUACAACAGUAUAGAAAUACAUCACAUGGCGUAAAUCAUUGCUAUGAAAAUUUUUCAAAAUAAAUGCUUGUUAGCUUGCAGUUAAACAACAGUAUUGGACUGAUGCCUAGCCCCCAAAAGGCUUGUUCUUUUAAACAAACAGCAAAAUAGAGUCAAUCUUCAUGCUGGGAUCUAGCUGCUUCUUUGUUUAGGUCAAACAAGGUAUUAACAUUACGUCCUGUUAUUUUUUAACCUGCUGAAAAUUCCUUAGAGGAGCUUUAAACAAAGGCAAUACAGUUACACGGGAUGGUAAUUCAUAAUAAAAAAUGAUUUCUUACCUAUUGGAGCAUAAAGACACUGUCUAAUGAUUUUUAUUUUUCCCAUUGUGUCAAUAAAUUUAUAUUCACACGUAAGUAUCCUUCAACCUUUUGCAGAUAAUAUAGUUUUAAUUAGGACUUAAGUUUUGUAAAGCUGCUGUGUGGAGGUUUUAGCGAGUCAGACCAAAAUUAAUAUUGGUGCUUCAUUUUCACCUGCAAAAGCAAAGUGGACCAUCAGGGAGGAGAUGGGUGGUUUUUGAUUGAGUUCAUUUACCCUGCAGAAGCAGCUUGGUGAGCAGUUUUCUGUUUAAACAACAUUCAAAAAGCAUCUAUGACCACUGUUGAUAUCCAAAAAGGGUUCAAAAGUUUUUCAGUGCUCAUGUGUUGAUGUUGAUUUCGACCACAGAUUUUAUUUUGACCAUUAAAUGAUUGUGAAACCGAGCAGGGUGCCACAGCCUUUCAUGCAUGGCCCGAAGUCAAACACCCAACAUGUGAUCGCAAGUCAAACACUAAUAGCCAUCAGCCACACUAGCUCUUCUAACAAUUGCUGCCUUUGCAUAUCAAGCAGCAGUAUUAGCAUCCAAAAGCUUUUAUGUUUUCAUAGCCAGAGCUGUGCAGCUUCAGUGCAAGAGCACGGCCAGUCUAGAUAAAGUUCAAAGUUUCUGGACCCUCUAGUUUACAACACAGUCCUUGAAGUGUAGCGUCCAGAGAAACUAACUGAAAAUAGAAAAUAAGGGAAAUUUAAAAUACCAUCUUUGCAAAUUAGAAAGCUUUUCAACCAGAAACGCUGCCAAAAUAAUCAUUUCCACUCUUCUUUCAGUGCUGAGUUGAACAAGAUAUUCACAUUGAAAUUUUCCCACGCUCAGAUGGAUUUUGGGUUUCACUUUAGUUAUUUCGAAAAAAAAAAAAGUGAGAUUCUUCUAUUUUAAAACCACUCAUACAUAGAUGGGGGACGAUGUCCUCAGAUCUCUAGUAAUAGUAUAGAGAAGUAUUGACUGGACUGCAUCUGAAGAGUUAUUAUUGGCAGUAUCAGGGUUAAUAACAGCCAGGCCAGGGAAGGCAAGGCAAUGACAAAUGACUAAGCCUGCUCAAUGACAGUAAUAUUUACUGGCAUGGCAAUGGCAAGAGAGUGGCCGUGGCCUGAGAAUAAUAAAGUCUGCAUAUUAAUAUCUUUCUUCGAAACACCACAUAUUUAAAGAGGGAAAUGACUUUAGCUGUUAGAGUAGAUGAAAUAACUAUUAACUCAUAAACAUGUUAAAAAUUGUUGUGCGGUUAAUGUUUGUGGUCCAGCUGGUCAGACGUAUGUUUUCCUCAUGGUAAAAUUGCAAACAGAACUGAAAUAAUAAAAAGUAAUGGUAGAUGUCAAAAUUCUUACCAACUCACAAAGAUCAGCAAAAAGAUGUAUUAUCUCAGUUUAGCCUGAUGGGGCAACAACUUUAACAAAACCCAGAGGAUCCUUACAGGAGCUCUAAGAUAGGGCUGGGUGAUAUGGCCUUAAAUCAAUAUCAAGAUACAUUGAGCAGUUCACCUUGAUAACGUUAAAUGGACGAUAACUACUCCACAAGCUGCUCACCCCGUCCCACAUUAACUUUGUCUACUUCAGCCGCCACAACCUCCAUCUCCUCACCUGUCUUUCCCUCUUUGUUACGGACUGGAUGGGGUGGAGUCACGUCUCUGAUGUAGGACAGCGUCUUAAAGGGACAUGAGACCAUAGCCUACCUACACACAUCCAAAAACAACUUUUAUUUAUUUGUUUAUCUGUUUUUACAUUAAAUAUAUUGACAAGGGCAAAAUGACGUCGAUUAUUGACGUAAACUUGGGUAUCUGUAAAUUUUCGGUUUAUCGCCCAGCCCCUCUCUAACAGUUUUAUUUUUUAACCUUUAUCAACAAAACAGAAAAGUCAAGGGACCUGCUUUACACAUUUUUAGAAAUGAAUCCAUGUGUUUAGUUUUAGAUUGAGAAAAGCACUCUAACAGACUGUUUCAUCCUGUCCUCUUUAGUCCCAGGCCAGCCCGGGAAGUUCAAAGUGGGGAGGGUGACAGACACCAGCAUAGAGCUGACCUGGGAGCCUGCUUACACCAAGGAGGGAAUCGUCAACUAUGAGCUGCUCUAUAAACCUGUCAAGUUUGGCAGUUUGGUAAGACCUUUUGAUCUCUUUUUAUGAAUCUGUCUGCUGGGUGGAUUUCCUAAUAAGACAGAGAGAAGACAGAACAGAUAAAAGAGAAAGUUUAAGAGAUUAACCACCACUUUGUCUGCUGAUGACAGUCCUCAUCUUUAUUUCUCUCAAACUCUUCUUUAAUCUUCUGCCUUUCACUCCCCCCUCUCAUCCUGUCCUCCGCUCUCCUCUUUCUUCUCUCUAACAGGAGAAGCUGACCUUUGGACCGAGGAAUUCUUACACCGUAGAAGGCCUGAAAGCCAACACCGAGUACUCCUUCUCCCUGGCCGCCAUCUCAAACAAAGGCAUCGGAGCUUUCACAAAUGAACUGGUGCAGAGGACGUCGCAAGCCAGUACGUCUCAAACUGACCGGGUUCCCUGCAGACACACACAUGCACACACACAGAGAUAAUAAUAAUAAUAUGUUUAUGCAAAUUUCUGCUGCACAUAUUUUCUCCUCCACUCACAAAUGGACACACAGCUUGUCAUCUUGAGCUCCUGAUCCCGGGAAAAACCUGGGAACCGUCGUCAUCACAUCUCUCCAUCUUUCUCUAAUAUCAACCCAUCUGUCUCACCCUCCGUCUCAUCCAUCCAUCUACGUUUGAGUGUGCCUUUUUUUUCUUUCUCGGCUCUGCCUCUCGCUUUAUUCCGCAGCCAAAACAUCAUGACGGAUGGCCACAGAGCGCCGGUUAAUGUUUCACUCUUCCUUUUCUUUGCCCUCUUUCACUUUUUUCCUAUCUAUCAGUGUCUAAUGUCUUUGAAAAGGCAAAAUGUCUGCCGUUCAUUGGCUGCUAGUCAGCAGCGAGGCGCAUUAACGGAUGGUGGUUGGCCUGCUGUGUUGACAGGUAAGUACCUGACAGUCUGUAGUUCAACCAAACUGAACUCAGAUUCUUUUCCUUGUUUUAUUGUCGCUUAUUUCUCUGUAACAGCCAAGAGGAGUCAAACACGUUGCGCUUUUUGGCUCUGACAUAUCGAGACAGUUCAGAUGUUCUCUCAAGAGAAAUGGAAAUGUUGAGAUAAGAGAGAAAAUAAGGCAAGGAAAAGAAUUGAUAAUGUAGUCAUGGUCAAGAAAAGAGUCCCAAGUCGAAAGAGUUCACGGCGCUGUAUCCUGUCAUCGGUAAGUUUUUCAAGUAUUUACACACACUUAUCAGACACAAUCAGAUACAAAAAUGCUCAACGCCUGUAGCUGGUCUCUCCUUUCACUCCUCACCUGUGAGAAGAGAAAAAACCCUAAAGAGGUACACUGGAGUAGAUGGCAGAGGAUGGAGGGUAAAGGUGUGGGUGGGGGGGUGUUCAGGAAAGAGAAGGUGCCAGAUAAGCAGACUAUUUCAUGCAGCAGAAUUCAUUUCCCAGGGAGGUUAUGUGCGCUUUGUUAUCGCCAAGCUUUGGUGCACAUCUAGAUUGUCCCCUGAGGCCGACAGAACACUGGCUGUACGGCUGAGUGGAUAGAUACUUGAACCUGUCAGCUAUGACUAUUACACUCCCACACACACACAUUUACACACACACACACACACACAUGCUAUACGCUCCUGAGCUCCAGUACAAGCCCAGACGUCUCGGUCACACUCGCCAGUGUGUAUGUGCUCUUUAAGGAACAUUAUAUAGGGUGAGUCAAACCUGCAGCUCAGAAAAAUGUGGUGAUUUCUGUGUUUUUGGAUUCCUGUGUGUGUGUUACAGUAAAUAUCCCAGCUUACUUCUGAUUCAGUUCUUGUCCACAAUUCAUCAUUCUAGCCUGACGUUCAAUAUCCGUCUGAGUGCCUUUCUCUCCCAGGCUUCCUGUUCUUUUCUUUUUUCUUUUUCUUUUUUUUUCUCUUUUUGCUUGCUUCCAAAAUCCUUUUCCGUGAGAUCUUUUUUCGUUUGUUUGUUUCUGUCCUCUGUGUGAAGACCUUCCCCUAGUCUGCAGUGGAAAUUCUGAAACCACUCUAUUAUCCCGAGGACUCAAGGAUUAAGCCACCGUGGGGGCUGGUGUUGUGAAAUGUGUAUAUUUGUCUGUGCUCAUGUGCACUCCUGGCUUUAGACUGAGAAACUUUGUCUGCUUUUCAUUCAUGAAUCUGCAUCCUUUAAUACCUCAGCCAAAGGAUGAGAUAUUAUCAUCGGGUAUCGAAUGCACAUUCUCCUUGAGUGUAAUUAAGUUGUCCACUCGGGGUCGAUUCUUUUGUCUCUGGUUUAUUUCAUUAGGCGCUAAGUCUAACAUAAUGCUUUUACAUUAUGUGGUUGCUCCCCUGCAUGAUAUUUGUCCUCAGCUUAUCUCUUUCAGUUUAGUUUACCUUAGUUUCUUGUUUUUCCUCUCUCGUCCUUAUCUUCUGUCCUUUUGCUCGGAUUCAUCCCCUCUCUUGCUUUUCUUUAUCAACCCCCGUUGUCUUGGGUCUCUCCCUAAACUCCUUGCCAAUUCCCUGCUCCCCCUUUUGUCCAAUCAGAACCCUCAGCCCCACCCGAGGGUGUGUCCUGCGAGAGUGCCAGCUCCACCUCGCUGAGAGUAAGUUGGAGGCCGCCUCCAAAGGAGGGCCUGAAUGGCGAGUUGGCAGGUUAUGAGCUGAGAUACCAGAAAGUUUCUGGGGCAGGAGGUGGCGGAGGAGUAGAAAGAGGAGGAGGAGGAGGAGGAGGAGGAGGAGGAGGGCAGGGCAAGGAGGUGAAGGAGCUUACCAUCCUGGCCGAGCAGUCGGAGACAGUAAUAGAGGGGCUGGAGAAAUGGAGCUGGUACAAUGUCACUAUGGCAGCUACAACCACUGAGGGGACGGGACCUGACAGCCCAGCUACUCUUUGCAGAACUGAUGAAGACGGUGAGAGUGAGAGAUGUAGAUCAGGCUGAACGGUAUUGAUCGUUUAGUUGAUUAUUUACUGGCCUGACUGUUAGACACUGAAUUAAUUCUGUUUUCCUGCAUUUGUGUGUGUGUGUGUGUUUAGUCCCCGGAGCAGCCCCUCGUCAAGUGGACGUCCAACCGUUCAACUCCUCAGCGCUCCGUGUCACCUGGAAAUCAGUGUUGCCACGGUUACGGCAAGGCCAGAUCCGUGGCUACCAGGUGCACUUCGCCCGAGCCGAAAGCGGUGAAUCACGAAACCUUCCCCGCAUCAAAGACCUCUUAUUGGACGAGUCUCAGGUGGAGUGAUGUCUGAAUAUUUAAACUGAUUAAACGACACUCAUUUAUUUAUCAUUAAACACCCUUUCUCUCUUUUUCUCUCUGCCUUUGUCCUUUGACUCACUCUCAUCUGUCUGGGCUGCCUGCCGGGUGUGUCUCUGUCUGUGGGAUAAGAUGGAGGAGGAUGACUCAACCCAAUAUGUGAGUGCAGUCUUCCCGUCCUCUUCUCAUUAUAAAUGAGGCAACUAUUAAUACAUACAGCACAAUGCAUUUAUUACAAAGAGGCACUUAUGAAACACUCAUUAAGUAUGAAAACUGGAGAUCUCUGCAGCCACAGAUAUACUCCUGUACCAAAAACUGUAAGAAAGGGAAUGAAGAGACGAGUGUUAAUGAUAUUUAAAGAAAAGAGUCAACAGUGUGGUGUGUGUUUGCCUUCACAGGAGCUGGUUUUGGGAGGUCUGAGAGCAGACACUCUGUACUCUAUCUCAGUGGCAGCGUACACCACCAAAGGGGACGGAGCGCACAGUAAAGCCAAGCUGGUGCAGACCCAUGGGAUCUGUAAGCAUAUGCCAAGUAUACAGUUCAGUGCACUGGAUUCAGUAACAUACUGAAGAAUUGAUCUCACAGUUCACUGUAGUUGAAGCCAGCAGUAAAUAAAAAGCCAAAUCAAUUCUAAUUCUUGUAAGAUUUACAUGAUCUAUGGUUUGUACAUAUAUAUAUGUUUCCAUUGAUUUUCUGCUGCCUACACUGUCCUUUUCAGUACCCGGCCCGCCUUCCUUAUGGGUGCGUCCAGGAUCGGGUCCUUCAGUGGCGGUGCAUUGGGCUCCUCCGCUAGAGUGCUCUGAGUCAGGCUCUGACAGUAAGGGACCCCCGCUGGAAAUACUGGGCUACCGCCUACAGUAUGGCCUAAAGAAUACCUCCUCCUUCGACACCACAGUGGAAUUCACAAGUCGGGAGAAAAACUUCACUGCUAGUAACCUUUCCCAGGGCUCCUCUUACAUCUUUGUCCUCUCUGCGAAGAGCCGAGCAGGCUACGGAGAUGAAGUGAAGCAAGAAAUAACAAUCCCCCUGUUCCCACCCCUGGGACACCCCAAAUUAUCUAGUUAUGUUAAUGUCACCUGCUGCUCCAUCCAGUUCUCUUGGCUUCCCCCACACCCUGAGGAAUGUAACGGUGUCCUCACAGAGUACACUAUUGCUUACAAAGAAGCCCCAGGCCCCAAUCCCUCCAGUGACCCUGGCCUUUAUUUCUUGCCCACUCCCACUGCUCCCCCGUGGCUGAUUGUGAUACCAGCAAGCGAAUCCAGCUACACCAUCCUGGGCCUCAAUCACAGCACAGCCUACGAGGUGCAGCUCAGAGCCCACAACGUGGCAGGGCCAGGCCCCUUCAGCCCACCUCUGGUGAGCCAAACCCUGGCUUUUGAAACAGGUAGGGCUGGCCUCAGGCCUCAGGAAAAACAAACAAAAAACCCUUCACUUCCCAAGCACUGGUUCAGCUUCACAUCUCUGCUCCCCCUUAAUGUGGAUCUCACUCCAAAAACACUCAACUAAAUGAAGUGUGGGCCAGUUCUUACAGGUUCGGCCUGUCACCUGUGCACCUAGGAGAGGCUGAGAAACUGUCAAGUCCAGCGGGAACACGACUACUCCCCCCAAUUUCCUCCACUCACUCACUUAUACCUUCAUCACCUACCCUUCACCACCAGUGGAAGCAGGCUGAAUGUUAAUGGAUGUUUGCCUCAAGAGCACUGCUUAUCACAACCCCUCAGGUAAAAGUCAAUGCAAGGCUGGGAUGUACAGUAUCUCAUACACAAGGUAAGUCUUCAGUCUGAGUUCAGGUCAAAUCAGGCGUCUGGUGCUGUAUCUGCAGGUAAGCUUUACUUUAUCUGAUAGACCUCCACUAGCACCUCUUUCGAAGCCUUUGCUGACAAGUCUGAGUCUAAAGAACACAACCUAACACUGAGAAUCUGGCAUGUCACAUUCCUGCAGCCGGUCUGUCCGUCUCAUUUGGACUUAUUACUCUCGCCAUCCACUCUCCUCAUCACCUGCCCAUCCUCCUAACCAUCAUGUGUUCUUUCCCCAAUAACACAUUUGACUGACCUGUCUUCCAUUUUUGCAGGGGUGCAUUGGGAAAACAAGGCAGCUGCUAGUUUGAAUAGAAAGCUUUAUCAUGAAUAACCUUUUUUUUGUUUGUUUGUUUUUUCUUUUUGUUUUUUGCUUCACUUCCAGAUGUGCCAAGGAAUUUUUCCGUCAAUCUGGCCACCAAGACGAGUGUUCUGCUGACCUGGGAGUUCCCGGAGAGCAGCAACUCCUAUCGCUUUACCGUAUGUCCACAAGCUGUUCCUUGUCUUUACAUGCGCAUUAUACAACUGAUCAUUAUGUAUCAUUUCCCAGGUGCUUUAGAUUAUAAAACCAUUACCAUACCGUUCAGAAUUUUAAGAAGCUAAAUAAUGAUCCUUAAUUUGAAAAUGACAACCUUUUCGCUCCCAUUUUAUCCACAAGAGAGAUGUAGAUUUUAUUUCUAAUUUCACGGAAUUGAGGGUUGACACCUUACUCUGAAAGGAACAUUUUCUAUUAUAUGAUAAAGCUUAUUUACUUGUAUCUCUAAAACUCACUCAUAAACAUGUUGCGUCUUAAUAAGAAUAGGUAGAAGAUUUUGCCUCAUUUGGAAAAAAAGCCAAGCAAGCUGUUCCCCUAGUUUCUGGCAUUUUGGCUUGAUUUUAGGCUAAUUAGUUGGCUCUUCAUGUAAGCCACAGUUCAUUUACAUAUAAGACAUACAAAGUCAGUCUCUGCGAGAAACUGGAUAAGCAUAUUUUCCCAAAAUUUGAAGUCUUUCUAUCAAAGGAGGUGUAAAUGCGACCAUGUGAUAGUCUUGCAAAGUAGUAAAUGUCUGUGGAAAUUACCUCAGAGUUAGUUACUAGAGUUUAAUCAUCAAAGUGGUGUUAACUGGAUCAGACUCGUUUAAUGUGGAAUUAUGUUUCACUGUAUAAUACAUGGCUCCUACACAGUUGGAAUUUCCUUACUUUUCCAUACCCUACUUUUUAGAACUGUUUUUAGAAAUACCUGCUUUUCUAUUUUAGAAAACAGUAUUUUAGAACAGUGGUCAUUGUCUGGAAACAUAAAUAUUUUUCCCUACUUAAUUUUUCAUUUUUCCAUACUUUUCAAGACCUGGAAAUUGAUCAAUUUAUUUUCACACUUUUCCAUACUCUACAUACUUGCAUGGGAAACCAUGUCAUCAGCAAACUGCAUAUAGAAUAUCUUUUUCUUUCACUUCCUUGUGUCCAGGUGGAGUAUAAUCGACAGAAGGUAGAGGUGGAUGCUCGUCUGAAAAAAGCCGUCAUCACAAACCUCCAGCCCGACACCGGUUACGAUUUCAAGAUCACUGCUCCAGAAGGCAACAUGGGAGGCCUUCGCCACCGCAUCUCAGCCAAGACCUCCCCUCCCAUCACCAUCCGCCGCCCUGAGAUCGACCACACCCGGGACACGGAGACCACAGUCACCAUCAUCCUUCCGUCACUGGAGAAUCGCAGUCCUGUCAAGUGAGGGAAAAAAUUACAGUUUACGACCAAAGUCUGUAUGAAAGUAUCUUUCUUUAAGUGGAGUCAAAAUGUACUGUAUGUUGCUUUCUUUAUAGUGGGAAGGACAGGUUAUUAAGCCAGCCUCCUCUAUGUUGACCAAUGGGGCAUAGGUCAAACUUAAAGAUAUAAAUACACAACAGUUUGACUCUCUCAGGUAUUACUUCUGUUAUGACAGUAUCUAUUGUAUUGUUUAAGCCUGGGUUUUUGAGAAAUUUAGCCUAAAUAUGUUGUUUGAUGCUUAAAAAAGGAGUAUAAUAAUAAUGAUAAUAACUACUGCGCCUUUAUUUACUUAGGGCUUAAAAAGUACUUUGAAUUAAUUUAAAACCAAAAGGCAGCAAUUGAUUUAAAACUUAACAAAAGUUAUGGUUAGGACAAUAAAAUAAUAAAACAUAAUAUCAAUGAAAAAGCAGGUCUGAAACUUUGAGUUUUAAGAAAUGACUUUGAAGGUUUAAUGUUCCUCAUCUUUUCCCGAUGGUCUCAGAAGUAAGAGGCUGGAUCAUCUGUAGUUUUAAGGUUUUACUGAGGAAUAUUUAGUAAUGAUCCACUGGAGAAUCCGAGGCUAAAUUAAGGGUUGUGCUGUUCAGAAGUCAGCAUUGUGUUCUUGAGCCGAUCCUCUUUGAGCUCUAAAAAUGAACACCAGAAUCUCAAAAUUAAUUUUUAAAGGGACUGAAAGCCAGUGAAGAGGUUUUAAAAUAGGUGUGAUGUGUUCUCCCUGUUGGACUUGGUUACGAUGAGUCUAGCAACCGCAUCCUGGAUCAGCUGCAGUUUACUGAGGUUGUUUUGUGUGAGAAGAGCACAGAGAUUUGCAGAAAUUUAACUUGGAUGAAAUGAAAGCAUGGAUUACUGUUUCCAAGUUUUUAGCCUGUAAAAAAGGCCCAGUUUUGAAAGAUUACUUCUCUGAAACAAAUCAUGAUGGGACAGCUACAUUGAUGUGUUUGUCAAACAUGAAGCAAAGAGUCAGUGAUGGUAAAAGAAGGGUACCAAGAUUCUGGGCCUAUGACAGUUUAUGAGUUUUGAGAGUUUACUGUAAGAAACUGGUGGCCAUCCAGUUAUUAAUAUCUUCAAGCCCAUUUGAAAGCAGAUCAGUGGCAUUGUGUCUUAGUGACAAAGAAGAGGUAAAACUAUGUGGUUAGCAUAGAAAUGGUUAUCAAUACUGUGGUUUUUAAUUAGUAGUAACAUGUAAAUUCAAAACUGCAAGGGUCCUAGAACAGAGCCAUGUGUAAUCUCACGUUUGAUGAAACUGUUUGUUGUUUUAUUAGUGUAGUAGAGGAAGAACAGCAGAAAAGAAAAAAAAACAGUGGUUUCACCAGUUGAUCUCUACUGCCCUGACUCUGACAUAUUACAUCCAGGGUGUCAGACUGUAAGGUAAAAGACUUUCUUAAUCUCAAUGAGGCUUCCCUGGUUGAAUACAGCUUUAAAUGCAUUUGACCUGAGGUGGAGAUAAGCUGUCCAUCUUUAUAUACAGUCAGUGUUUGAAUCUUAGCUGGCAAGGAAAUGUGAAACUAGUUCGCUCCAAGUUUCUUGUCUCAAAAAGUGCAACUCGUUUGAAGUUUUUCCUCCCUCUGCUUUGACAGGAAUGUCUAUGUUGUUGUGGUUCCGCUGAGGAGAGCCCGCGGCGUCAUCAGACACCUCAAGAGCCCAGAUGAGAUGGACCUAGAGGAGGUGAGAACCACAACAAUGACAGCACCCACAGAUGUCUGUGCCUGGAAGGAGGAAAGACUUUAAAAGACAAAACGCACACACACACACACACACUUAGAACUCCUGGCAACGCUUACCCUUUAUAAUUUUAAUAUCUGUGUUUAAACAUUAGUCAGAGAUAUUGGAACGUCUCAUCUCUGUCUGCCUGUGACUGUCUCUGUUUUCCUUCUCUCUCCGUCUUUCAGCUGUUAAAGGACAUCAGUCAAAAGCAGAGGGAUACUCGGCAGCAGAAGCAGGUGGACCUGCGCCGGGCUUACAUCACUGCCCGUUUCACACCUGCCACUCUCCCUGCCUUCUUCACCCUGGGAGACCAACUGGAUUACGGUGGCUUUGAGAACCGUGCUCUAGACCCAGGGCAGGAGUACGUCUUCUUCAUCCUGGCUGAGCUCAACUCAACAACUGGGGUACAAGUCAUUGUGUCACAUCACUUUUAUUUCCAUGUUUAUAACCACUCCCUUAUUCCCUUGCUGCCUGUUUUUUCCCUCCUGCAGGCUGUCACUAUACAUUGUAAUCAAUAUGGCCUUAGUGCUAGAACAAUAAAAGGCCCGUCAGUCAGAGGGUUGUAGGCAAAAGGCAAUAACCCUCAUGUACUUCCAUCAGCUGCUAAUAAAGAGUGAGCGUGUUCCUGUAGCAGUGGAAGAGAUAUUGCUCUGUGUUCUGCUCAUGUAUGUAUGUUGAUUUGAAUUGGAAGAGAUAUACAACUGAUAUUAAGUCAGAUUUUAUAUAUUUUUUUUAUGACAUGUUUUUAUUAGAAGUGCUUUUAACCCAAGGGGUGCUCUUCAGAAGUCCUGCUGAAGUAAUAAAAAAGCACUUUAAUCAACUUAAUGUGAUAAUAAAACACACGUGAUGUAAUUAAGUAAAAGUAUGUUGUUUUAUGUGAAAAACUAAUGAAAUACUGUCUCAUACACACUUUUACAUAUAAAACCAGUCAUGGACAUCUUAGUCAUGGUUGCAGGGUUCAUCUUUAAUCUAAUGCAAUCAUUGCAACAUCUUUGCAAUGUGUAACACUUUUAGUGGGUAACAUUUUGUUGAGGCUGAGUUUAAGAGCUUUUGGCUUGACUCUGGGGUGUAUCUGGAUCACAGUGUGCUAAAACUUUGAAUCUGUUGCAGGUCAAUAUAUUUGACUUGUGUAAUUUUGCCUCCCUUAAACAAAAUAUUAAAAUAUGGUCAUAAAAAAAAGCUGCCAUCAUUCAGGCAUCUCUUUCAAAAGUUUAAUAAAAACCAAAGCUUUUCCACUGCCUUUCUUGACUUUGUGCUUGUUUGUUUUUUUGCAGAAAAUGUAUGUGGCCAGUCCCUACACAGACCCCGUAAUUGCCCCAGAUUCAGACCCCCAGCCCCUGGAUGCGGGAGACGGUCUUAUCUGGGUAGUCGGACCAGUCCUGGCUGUGGUUUUCAUCAUCUGCAUCGUUAUCGCUAUCCUACUUUACAAAAAGUGAGUGGGUCUGAUAAUCCCCGUGACAGAAAACAACUGCCAAAAACUAAUUAUAAGUACAAGUUGUGAGUCAGCUACAAUUAAAACUCUUCAAAGACAAUCUGGCACUAAUCAAUAUGAUUAUAUGAAAAAUUAAUAUUAUUAUCUUUAAAAAGUUUGUAUGAAAGCUAAACGUGACAUGAAUUUGGAAUUUUUGUUUGUUUUUGUCAAAGUAAGACCCGAGUUAAUACAACAGAAAAUUAAAAAAUGGCGAAAGCUAAAUCCUUUCAUAUUUAAAAAGACUUAUUUCUUUCAUAAAUGCUGAACACCCUAACUUUGGACAGAGAAAUUUGAUUUGAUUAAAAAGUUAUUUUUUCUUGUAGGACCAUUUUCAGUCAGUGAUUUAAAGUUCAACCCACGACUCCUAAAUGUUUAUAGCAGCGGGAUGUUGUAUUAGAGGCUGACCCAAACUGACGUAAGGUUAACAUAUUUGUGUAAAGGAAGGGGGCCAAAAAAGACACAGAUGUCUCUGUUACAUCACCUACUGGUUUCAAACAGAUAUUUUGAAGACCAAAGAUGGUGGACACCAUAUUGGAAGUGCUGAUCUUACUGUCAGUAAUCCUAGACACAGACAAAACAGUUAGAGUGGGUUUUAGCCUACUGCAGAGAGCUACAUGUGCACAUCUGUCAGUAAACUCAGCUGUGCGCCUAAUUCAGUGAAUAAAUGUAAAAGUUUUUAAUCACCAUUUAAAUCAAGCUACAAGUAUGAAAAGUUUUGCUGUAAAAACUGAGCACAAAGGCCACAAAGUCAAGCUCAGCCUACAGUACAACAGCUGAUCCUGAUGCCAGCCCACAUCAGCUUACAGCUUAGCCAAUAACCUUUAACGCCUCUAAAUGUUGAGUGUCAAAAUUGAUACUCUAUUUAAAAUGCUUCAGCUUUCCUUCUCAACCCACCUCCCACCAGCUCCGCCUUUGUAUUCUGUGUCAUACUUGACCAGUCAUAUGUGUUGUCACUGUUGGCUGCUCUACCCUCUACCCUGGUCUCUUUGCUGCUGCUCUCCCUGCCUUGACAUUUUACAUAAACCUGUGGAAGGGCAGAGAGCUCUUCGAAAAAAAGCCAUGCUCCCAAAUGUGAUGACUGCACACAAAGAAAUAGAAAGUAUCUUUAACAAAAGUUGCUGAAAUGGGCGUAUUAACAUGGGACUUAAUGUGCUUACUCUUGUUCAGAGUGUCCAGCUUUACCUCCUGGUUUAGGGAAUACUUCGUGUUCGGCCAUCCGCUCAUAAAUGCUUAAUUUUAAGUCAGGUCUUCACCAGAUUUGUUCCAGUUAAGAAGAACAGUCUGAAUCUUCUGUAAGCCUGUGAUAUCUGCAGCGAGCCAUCAAGCUUGCGAAUACUAAUGCAAAGUAUUGAUUUACCUUUCUAACAAUCUGUCUGUUUCCUUCCUUUUCUACCCCUAAUUAUUCCCUCCUUGCUCCUGUUUCGCGGAAAGCAGCAAACCUGACAGGUGAGAUUAAACCAAUGUCAAGCAUUUUGUCUCUUUUAGUCCACAGUAAUUACAUGAUGCACGAUGCUUUGCAGAGAUGUUGUGUAAAGCCAUAAAACAGAUAUCUGUUAAUGCACUAUUUACUCGACUGGAGUAGCCUUGCUAAUGACGUGUCAGUAGUGAGCCUGGUUUUCGCUCUCUGCUUGUUUGCAUGUGCUAAUUGCUCUUUUGACUCACUGAUGUUUGAGCAGCAAGCGCAAGGACUCUGAACCGGGGACAAAGAGCCUGUUGAGCAACGCGGAGAUGAUGGCGCAUCACCCGACAGAUCCUGUGGAAAUGAGACGCAUCAACUUCCAGACUCCCGGUGAGACGCGUGAACCCACACAGGCACCCAAACACACGCUUUUGUAUUUGCAUAAUAAAGUAAACUUCCGAUUUCUCCUGAUUGUAUAAUGAAAUAUGCAUGCGACUAAUUUUAACUCGGGCGAGAUUAUGCAGACGGGAUUGUGAAAGCACUCCUCCGCAGUACCACAAACAUGUACCUGGCAGCUUCCAGUCAUUUUGGAGGGAUCAAAAUGGCUGCCGCCCAGGUAGUACAGUCAGUGCUUAGUCACGGCUGAGUCAUACCGGUGUGACAAAAAUCCGAUCAUCUACGCUCGCCCACAUUCCACAUGCCACAUGCCAGGCUGCAGAUAGCGCCUCAGAACAGACAGGAACGACAGCUAUCUGUCUCUCGGAGUGUAACGGUCAAAUCGCUGGAUCAAAAGGUGAGCUGGGGUUUAACUGGGAUUGUUUGCGAACCAAUCAAAUCUGCACAAACCAGCAUAUCCAACCAAAAAACCCCCACUGUGAAGUAACUACAUUUUGGACUUUGCAACUCCUAACCCCCUACUGAGAGUGAUCUAACAACACAUCUGCUUUGGUGGAGGCAGAAAGCCGCUGAAGCCUUGCUUUCACUCCUUUCAUUAAAUUAGAACAGCGUCCAAAAACACAUACACACACACGCCCUGAAGGAAGUGAAUUCCUCUUCUCGCUGUAUUUCCAUGGUUGCAGUUUAUAGAAAUCUCGCGUAGAAAAGGUGGUAAGAUGUGUCACCACAUAGAAAGCUUUAGUCUUUACCUGCCAGGAUUUAAAAAAUCAAAUAUUAUGUUUUAUUAAAUCCAUAGAUGAUGGCUGGAAGUCUUUUUCUAACCUGUUCCAGCAGGCAAUGAAAAACCCACAGAUUAAAGCUCUUCUCUCUUAUCCUCCUUUUUUUUUUUUUUUUUUACACUCUCUUGUGGCAGCAACCUUGAAGCUCCCACCUCACCCACUUCUCCUCCCUCGAGAUUUGUGCUUCUGAGGUGUUUGGCAGAGAUGAAAUUUAUUUCCAGCAGAGCCGCCUGGUGAUAUCUGAGGUCAUUUCUGGUCGUGACAGGAGUGUUUUGUCGUGAUCACUUGUGGGUGCCAUGGUGAAGCGGAACAUUACAGUUAUUAUGAGCCUGCUUUAUAGCCGUGGCUGCACAAUGAGUCUGAGCAGUGCAUCAACGUGUUUUACAGAUCUGGAAACAUUGAAAAGCCAAUCUGCUUUGGCAUUAAGUAGACUGUUGAUUGAAUGGGAAGCAAUAUUAUUUAGAAAUAUUGUUGUCGCUGUUUGGAUCCCGAAUGGACAAUGGAUGACUACAGCUCCUCUUUUCUCACUCCAGCUGUGAAAAGAAGCGACUGUAGGAGGCAAAGAUUGCUUCCUUCCCGAGUCUGUGUGUGCGUGCAUGCAGCCCUCCUAAUUAGCGUUCUGUCUGUGUUUGUUUUCUCUGAGUCGCUGCUCCUCUGAUCACGGAGAAAGCAAUUUAUCAAAGAAAAAAACAAUUUACAAACAAACAAGACUCGCCUCACUUUGUUCUCACACAUGGAUCAAAAUCGAUUUUCUGCCCCAGCGUGUUCCGUAAUGACGUGUUGUGUUCUCUGAUUGUAAAAUUUAGCGUCACAUCUUUGCAUAUUAGCGAUGACCCCGCGGUAAUUUUGGGCUAUUUCGCCCAACUUUGCAUCACUUCUGACUCUUUGUUGUCACGCAGGAAUGAUGAGCCAUCCCCCGAUCCCCAUCAGCGAGCUGGCCGAGCACAUCGAGCUGCUGAAAGCCAACGACAACCUGAGACUGUCCCAGGAGUACGAGGUGAGCGAGGUGUUAUUAUUACACAACAUGAAUAAAUAGAUUACAUCGUUAUUGUUUAGAAAUGCAAGCCUUUGCUUCAUAAAGUUAAUCUUAUUCAACGUCUGUAUCCCUGUGUGCCGACUCCACGCUCAUGAUUUAUUCAGCAUCGCAGUUUAUUGCGAUAACUCGUCUACAUUACACAGCACUCUCUUUACAUAAAGCUCAAAUGCACUGCUAAACAUGCAACCUCUCGCUGUUAACGUGUGUGUGCGCUUUUUCCGCUCCUCCUCAGUCCAUCGACCCCAGUCAACAGUUCACCUGGGAGCAUUCGAACCUGGAGGUCAACAAACCCAAAAACCGCUACGCCAACGUGAUCGCGUACGACCACACCAGAGUCAUCCUGGCUCCCAUAGACGGUAAGGAGAGUGCGGCGAGUUAAAGAAGAUGUUAAGAGGUUUUAAUGAGCGAGAGUCUGAGUGUGUUUGUGUGCAGAGGUGGGGGGAGCACAAAGAGAGGUGAGAAAGAGGCAGGAGAGGGGGGAGAAAGCUGCAUGAUGGAUGAAAUCUGAAAUUGCAAACAGUGCUGGAGUCCGCCUGUGUGCAGCGGCAUGAGACUGACAAACAGCGCGAGUGCAUUCAAGUGCAGCCAGCACUCCAGAACAACAAGGGGGAGAGGGGAUUUCAUCUGGAGCUCAUGAAUUUACACCGACAGAGGCUUGUUUGUUUGUUGUCGUCCACUAGUCAUCUGGCAGCUGUCUGUUGGAAGCCGCGGCUGCCGGGGAAACAAACAGUUCGUUAGGCUGUUUGAUGUCAUACAUGCAGGUUAAUUUAUUAUGUCGCUCAUGCAGAUCGCAGUUUAGCGAGAGCCUCACAAGUGUCUCAUUUGCAGGUAUCCUGGGGAGCGACUACAUCAAUGCCAACUACAUUGACGGCUACAGAAAGCAGAAUGCUUACAUCGCAACACAGGGCCCGCUGGCGGAGACGUUUGGGGAUUUCUGGAGGAUGGUGUGGGAGCAGCGGGCCGCCUCUGUGGUCAUGAUGACCCGACUGGAGGAGAAAUCAAGGGUAGGACACAUGGGUUAUGCACCCAUAUAAGAAUACAAGGGUACAGUUACAUGAAAGUUGCAGUUCUUCAGGUUGAUCGAUAAACAAACUAUCCCCUACACUUGGAACCUAAGCUCUCACUGUUAGGUCUCUUCCCAGAGGGACGCAGAAUAAAGCAACAUGAAAAAAUUUUAAUUAAUAUGUGUUCUCUACAGGCAAAAAGGACAAUAGCCAUAUCAUGGAAAAGCUUUGGUAAACCAGCAAUUGCUGUGUGGUUUAGGGAACUAAUUUCUUGUUAACCACUGGAAAAAAAUUCUUACACACUUAGGGACAAACAGGAGAUAUUUCAAAAGAUAUUAGGUUGUUUUAUCAACAAAAUGAAGGACAAAGAUUUGUCUCAUCUGAUGGAAGAGCUUGGAACAGUAUAAGUGCACCCUCUGCACGACCCAUGAUCUACAUGGUCUACAUCACAGGUGUCAAACUCAAGGCCCGCGGGCCAAAUCUGGCCCACGAGAUCAUAUCAUAUUUGUAUGAUUAUUGACCCACCAGUAUGAAGUCUGCAGAUUUCCUCCAGGAUAAUAAUGUAAACUUUAGCACCAAUAUUUAACGUAUCCUUAAUAAACCAUGAAAAUCUGGGAAAGUAAAGAGUAAGGAAGAUUCGAUAAAUAGUCAAGAAAGUGGGGAAAAAAAUGUGUUUUAUCCAUAUUUCCAAUUUUGCAUCUAAAGAUUACAAGUCGAACAUGACUUGACUUUUUAUUUUGUGCUUUGUUUUUUUGCAACUCAGUAUUUCGAUUUCUGUCAUUUUAAACCCUUUAGAUUCCAAUUUUAAAUCUUAAGUCAUAUUUUGGCUUUUAACUCUCAAUUUCAAAAUGAUCUCAUAUUUUAACCUUUCAAACUUAUGAUUUCAACUUUCUCCUCAUCUAUUUGCUCUUUAAAAGCAUGAUUUUUCUAUUUUUGAUAUCGUGCUCUGAUCUUCUGGACUAACCUAUUGGAUUUUUUUUUUAAUCUCAGAUUGCCUUUAAAUGUUUCAUUUUAUCUUUUUGAAUAUUCAAGUGGUUUAUAAUCAUCAAUGAUUUUGUAAUAGAUUUUGAAAAGGAGGUUGACAGUUUGAGUUAAAUGUUGACCCUUUUGGACCCUCAGGUUAGACUUAAAUCCAGAUUAUGGCGCUUGCUGUGGUUUAGUUUGACACCCCUGGUCUACAUGAUAAUGUAUCUUAGAUGGACUCAUGAAUAUUUUCCUUCUUUGGGAGGCCCUGACCGCCUUGGUUUUGUCUUGUUGUUCACACUAUUCUAUGGAAGUGUGUAUAGCAUGAAAAUUUGAUCUGACGGUGUAUGUAUGUGCUCUUCUGUACCCUGGGACCAUUUUACACACCUCUGGUAUUUUUUUGUUCCUGUUUGUAGAUAUUGUAAAAAAAAAAAAAAAAAAAAACUUUCCCCUAAACUAGUCAUAUUUGCAGUUACGAUGAUGCUUUUUUUUGUAUUUGUAGAUAAAAUGUGAUCAGUACUGGCCGAGUCGCGGCACAGAGACCUACGGGAUGAUUCAGGUCACCCUGCUGGACACAAUGGAGCUGGCCACGUUCUGUGUCCGCACUCUUUCCCUGCAUAAGGUAAAUUACGCCUUUCUCUUAUUCUCUGUAACUCCCUCACUCCUCUCUCUCUCUCUCACCCACUGCUUUGAUCUCUGGAGUUUACAGUCAGCAACCGGGGGCGCCCACUACAAUCAUAAAUUUCCACUGUCACAGAAUAAGCUGCGCAUGUGGAUACACAGAGGAGAAUAGAUUAGUCUAGCCUUCAUGCAGUUCUCAAACCAGGCCAGCCUCCCCGUGUCGGGCCCUAAGAUUUGAUCGACGUUGUUGGAGGCACAGCACUUUCUUACAGCAAGAGGCUAAUCUAGGACCAUCAGGCUAGCGUGUCUCUGUGGCCUACUUACAAACACAGAAACUAGGCCAACUGUAGCUUCCAAGUGAAGCCAUGCUUCUCAAAAAUUUUGUUGAUGUGUUUUGAAAUGUCAAGUUCGAGGAGGCAUCAUACAGUUGAGAUAGAGGCGCACUAAAUAUUCAACAAAGCCGGUAUUGUUCCUCUCUUUCGGGGACAAUAUUAAGAGCAUUUCUUCUUACUCUUUGAUAAUCCUGAAUAAUUCCUGGAAUGAAGUCUACAGAUGAUUAGAUUAUUUUCUGCCACAUUAAUUAAGUUGAAAGCAUGAUGGACAAUCUGUUUAAAAGAAGUGAGAUGUGCUGAUGUGACUGCAGGUGAUAAGGAAAGAGUCCGAACAAAUGAAAAUUCAGCUGAAAACCUGCACUCAACAAAAUUGGCAAAUAUGUCGGUUCAGCUACUUAGUUGUUUUUUGUAGCACUCAAUGACCCAAAAGGGAUGAAUACAGUUUUGACCCCAGUGAUAUUUAAGCUUGUUUUAUGUCUGUGUCUCACAUCAGAGCGGCUGCAGUGAACGGAGAGAAGUGCGUCAGUUCCAGUUCACGGCCUGGCCUGAUCACGGUGUGCCGGAGUAUCCUACCCCCUUCCUCAACUUCCUCCGCAGGGUCAAAGCCUGCAACCCUCCUGAUGCUGGACCUAUCAUCGCUCACUGCAGGUACAGUACACCCAAGUUCCUCCUAACAGGACAAAGUGAUACUUUUAGAAAUAUCUUCAAGGGUGUUAGAUGAGAUCAGUGUUUUAUAUAAGCGCUACUGAGAGUUCAGAGAUGGUUAAGAACAAGGAGAAGAAAACAGCUAGUCGGUUCUAUCCAGAGGUAAUAAAAAAACGCCUACAUGCAUCUGUGAAACUCACAAAAGCACACCUGAUAUGUUCUUUGAUAAAAAAAGAAAUUAUUAAAAGAAUAACAUUACACUCAGUUUUGCAGGGGACAUGUGAUGGCUCAGCCAGAGAGAGUAACUCUGAGCUUCAUGGCCCAGAAAACAAAUUGUUCAGCAAAGAGGAGUGGAAAACUCUGAAGUCGUUUUAAUACCUCAGUUUUUGUUUCAGUUAAACAGAUGAGAUAAAAUAUGUUUGAUUGCGAAAGGUUUGGAGAAUUUAGUAGCCCUGAAGAUGAUGAUUUUCUGUUUGCCAUCUUGGAUUUGCUGUUGGUUAUAGCCUCAUAUUUAAUCAAUCAAUCAAUCAAACUUUAUUUUUUAAAGCACUUUUCAUUUAUAGAAUGUAACACAAAAUGCUGUCCAUUCGCGAAGGAUAUUAAAAAAAAAAAAAAGAAAUAAAAUGAAUGAAACUACAAAUACCAAACCUCACCCACCUCUCCCAACCCCCAGUCAACACAACUAGCAUUCACACUCACACACAGAUGCAUACGCAAAAGACCAGGUGAGGACUCUUCAACUUGCUGCAGAUGACUGAGGAAACGCUAUCUUGAGUUAAAAAAGAUGAGGAAACAUUAGUUCAAGGACUAAAACGAUAAAACCAUGAUAAAAUAAAAUAAAGGUGAUAAAGUGUUAAAAGUUAUUCAAAUAAAACAGUUUUUAAAUUAAAAAAUGAAAAAUAAAUUUAAAAAAAGAGGUUUUAAAACACAAAAUAGUUACUCUUGGACUAAAAAAGGGUAAUUUCACGUAAUGCAGAUUAAAAGAUUAAAACAAAUUUCAACUAAAAGCCAGACUAAAAAGGUAGGUCUUAAGUUUACUUUAAAAAUAUGAACAUUAGGUGUAGCUCUCAGGUCUGCAGAUAGGCUGUUCCACAGAUGGAGACCAUAAAGUUGGAACGAUGAUUCACCAUCUGAAGACCUGAUGUGACAGUUGUAUCAGGUUUUUGCAGGAAAGCAGAAAAGCUAAUAAAAAAAACUCUCCUUAAGCAUCACUGACAACUCCUGUCCUUUCUGCUAAAUCAUGUUUCACCUUUCUCCUCGGUCUCAGUGCCGGUGUCGGUCGCACCGGCUGUUUCAUCGUUAUCGACGCCAUGCUGGAACGCAUUCGACACGAGCGCACUGUGGACAUCUACGGUCAUGUGACCUUGAUGCGCUCACAGAGGAACUACAUGGUGCAGACAGAGGACCAAUACAGCUUCAUCCACGAGGCUCUGCUGGAGGCCGUCGCCUGCGGUAACACCGAGGUGGCCGCCCGGAGUCUGUACUCAUACAUGCAGAAGCUUUCAAAGGUGGAGAGCGGGGAGCAUGUGACCGGAAUGGAGCUGGAGUUUAAGGUAGAGGAGUAUUGUUUGACUUGAUGUCUCACAGCUGGAAUAUGUAACAUUGACCCAGAAAGACAAAUGAAAAAAUUAUAACCUUUAAAAGAUUAACAACUUUGUGUGUAACACAGAAAACUACUUUUCUCUCUUGUUUCAUUUUUUUCUCACAAUCCCUCCAAUUAUUUUGCGGUUUGGAACUAUCAGAUUAUAAAAUGUAGCGGCCCUGUUCGUUUGCUAACCGGGCAAAUAAUCCUGAAUAAUCCUUCAGUCUUGCGUGCAAAAGCACUUGUGGUUUGUUAGAUAAUUUACUCUGAAGUUUAAAAAACCAUGAUAACAUGACAUUCACAUUUUCUCUGUCCGUCCAGCGACUGGCGAACACCAAAGCCCACACGUCCCGAUUUGUCACAGCCAACCUGCCUUGCAACAAAUUCAAGAACCGACUGGUAAACAUCAUGCCCUAUGAGACCACCCGCGUCUGCCUUCAGCCAAUCAGAGGCCUGGAGGGCUCUGACUACAUCAACGCCAGUUACAUAGACGGGUACAGGUAUGUUUUGGUCCCAGGAACACUAAUAUGACCUGAUCCCCUCGCCUCCUCAUGAUUUUUGACGAGUGAAAGGAUGGGAUAGGUUUUCACUGCGGCGCUCUCACCUGUCACGUCUUGUCAGAUCCGUCCCUACUGUAUCCAUGUUCUCGCUAUCUGUCCUGAUGUGAAGCACUUCUGAUGAGUCAGCCGUUCAGCCUCGUUGUACACACGUUCUGAUUGUUCUUGUCCCCGCCUGAAGCCUGACCCCCUUUUCAAUGCGAUAGUUAAAGAAGCAGAGAAACAGGGACAAAGAAUGAUGGAGGUGACAUCAUCCUGUGUGCAUGUGUGUGUGUGUGUGUGUAUGUGUGUGUGCAGGCAGCAGAGAGGCUACAUUGCUACCCAGGGUCCACUGGCUGAGACCACGGAGGACUUCUGGAGGAUGCUGUGGGAGCACAACUCGACUAUAGUGGUCAUGCUUACUAAACUGAGGGAAAUGGGACGGGUAAGGAUUCAUCAUACUGCUUUUUAAAAGUAAUAAACACAAAAAAAUUUUAUGUGACUGAAAGAAACAUCUCUAACUCGAGAGGUUAGAGACGUUCCCUCUCAAGCUGUUGAUGCGUUCAAAAAGAUUUCAUGUUAUUUCAUCAGUCUAUAAGUUCAAGCAUUUUCUGUUGGAGUGGCACUCAGGAAUGUCUUUUGUCACCAUUGAAGAUGCACAAAGAUGCUUCAAAAGGGAUUUUUUUUUUCUAACAUGUAUCUGCAGAUGUUAAAAAUUGUCGACAUUUUAAAAAGAAACCAGACCUUGUCAUAAGAUUCAUCACACAUUCACAAAUUGAUGGUAAAUUUUCAUGCAGUAUCGCAUAAAUGGAGCAGAAAACAACCGUAUGUAGCCGACAUGCUGGUCCAGCACUUAUCUGUCAGUGCCCAGAGUCUGCGGAAUAAUCUGUCACAUUUUGAUCGAUCAAGGGGUCUUUUUAUCUUUUAUAGUCAGAGUCGAGCAGCCCGGGGCACCGCUGGCAUGACAGUCGACACGCACCCGCAAAUAGAGAGGUUAUGGGUACGCCAAGUGGCCUGCCCAGGUUCACUUCCAGCCCGUGGCUCCGUUCUCGCAUGUCACUCCCUGCUAUCUCUCUCCACCUCUUUUUCUAUCCGCUUUCCUUUCCUCUCCAAAUAAAGGCAAAAAGCCCCAAAAUAAAUCCCGUAAAAAAGACUAAAACAGCCCGUAUUUUUUUCUUUUAUUGCAGCCGCUGAGAUUUAUGUUUACUAAAUUCUGUCUGAAAUUUUGUCUUUGCAUAGACAGUGUUUCAACUAUCACUAGGAAAUUCCUUUGGAGAAAUACCAUCAAAAUACCAUCAAAAUCCUCCUUCAACACGAUAAUCAACAACUUGUUUAGAGGCAUGUUGGUGUUAUAGCUGGGCAUUAAAAGUGGUUGAAAUGAGGUUCAAGUCAUCCAGACCUGAAAGAUAUCAAGUCAACUCAUUUUCACUAAGUUGCUCUCAAUCAGUGGAUCUUAAUUGUGUCUAUUUGGUCAAUAUUAGACAUAGACUGAUUGAUCAGUUGGCUGAUUAACUGGGACAAUUAACCGCAUUUUGACGUCAUAUCGGCAUCAGCCCUUACAAAGCCGAUACCACUCAUUAUCUUUCCAAAUGAAAAAUACACUUAACAACAUUUGGAAUCUAAAACAGUCACUGGCUAGUGUUUAACAUAAACUGUUAUGAUGUAUAGAAUAAUGCACUUUGAUGAUAAUGAUGAUGUUUUCCUAGACAGAGAUCUAAACGUUCCUUGUAGCAAUAUUUCACUGAGCCACAUGUUUAAUUAACUACUUUUAUUUAAGAAAACAUUCACUUUGGUUCAACAUAGUAACACAUUAAGAGCCAAAAUAGACCAAAACUGUGGCACUUAAGAGAAAAAGUCCUCUGAUUUGUUGUGGGCAAUGGCAGCAACUGCAUUUUUUAUGUUUGAGUGUGAGAGCUUUGUUCUGUUUUCAGAAUAGAAAGAGAUUUAUUUUUAGAGAUCCAAAAUGCUGCAUUUCAUAUGUACAAGCUUGGUUAAGGAAUACAAAGGCAUGAUAAAUGGAACAUUGUAUUUAUUAAAACAACAACCUGUGACUCUUUCAGGGCGGAAAAGUUGCAUCGUAACACAUUUUAAUUCCCAGCUUUGCAGGUCCAACGGAAAGUGUGAUAAUCUGAUUUGAUUUGAUCUAUUUGGAUCCCCAUUAGCCAUAGCGAUGCCAAAGCUAUUCUUCCCUUACAAUGUAUCAAUGCAGAAAAAAAACCCUCAUAUAAUACAAUCCUUGUUCAAAUGUAAGAUAAACACAAACAUAAUACAAACAGAUAACAACACAACGAUACAUGGACAGCUCCUAGUCAGCAGUACUAUAUAAUCUUUACAUAUCAUAAUAUGAAAAUAGGUUUACAUAUAUUCUGUAUAUUGUUCACACUAUUAAAUCUUAAUUUUCUUUAGCCCUUUGAUGUCUUAUCCAUUCCGGAAUCAAGCAGGUUAGACAGAAGUCAAAACAGAUUUUCAUAUUUCCAAUAAACAUUUUCUCAAGGAUUAUUUCUGUUGCAAAAAGGUGCUAUCUAUCUAUCUAUCUAUCUAUCUACCUAUCUACCUAUCUACCUACUUACCAACCUACCUAUAUUCAUUUAUUUUUGGUCAUGCUUGUACUUACCAUUAUCCUGUAAUAAGUUUUAAAUCUCUAUGGUAAAAAGGUGUUUCUUGACUAACUUCUUAAAAAGUAUUUUACUGAACUUUAAAGUUUCACUUGUUAAAUUCUGGUCCUUCGAGGAAAGGCUGAACGUCAACUCUUUUUUUCUUUUCUACCCUCUUAGGAGAAAUGUCACCAGUACUGGCCAGCUGAGCGCUCAGCCAGGUACCAGUACUUCGUAGUGGACCCCAUGGCUGAGUACAACAUGCCUCAGUACAUUCUACGGGAGUUUAAAGUCACGGAUGCCAGGGUGAGUUCAUGGAGUCCGUGUGUUUCUCGUGUUGGAGGUUGUAUCCAAACAGCAGUGCAACUGUACACUCCUGGACUUGGGUGCUCUUUUCCUGAUCCAUCAGUGCUGUCAGAAAGCAGCGGUGCAUCGCGUGUCCCAUCGACCUGUAGUGUGUAUCCGUUAUUGUGUCUUCGUGUCUGAAUGUGCGUAACACAGCGGGUUAGCCCUAUUGACAGGAAGACCUGGAUUACUCAGUCAGCCAUGCUGUCGUCAGAUUACCUUGACAGCCUUGGUGUGUCUCUGCGUGUGCAUGUGCAAAAGUCUGCUCGUGUGUGCAUGUGUGUGCCCGUCAUAGAUAACUCCAGUCCAGCCUGUCCUGCACUGACGCCACAUUGACAGAUGCUCUAUUGAUCUCCAUUAAAGGGGGAGUCAGGAAGGCUGAGCAGCAGAGAAAAGAUGUAAUUGCCUACUGAGUGGCUGACAAUAGCAGACGCACUGACGUUACAGCCUGAUGUUAACCACAACCACUGAUCCAGGGUCAGAUAACAGUAAUCAUUAGAGAGAAAAAACAGGAUAUUGCUUGGCAGCGUCUCACCCUGCAGUCAAUUCAGAGUGAAGAAGCUAUUCUGAAAUAAUCACCCCACAUAAACUAUAACGUCUCACUCAGAGGAGAAGAGACGAUUUUAGAUUCAGAUAUUCGAGUAACAUUAAUCCUAUCAUGUGCUCGCUCCUAUCAGGAUGGCCAAUCACGGACAGUGCGCCAAUUCCAGUUUACUGAUUGGCCGGAGCAAGGCGUUCCUAAAUCUGGGGAGGGCUUCAUUGAUUUUAUCGGCCAGGUGCACAAAACUAAGGAGCAGUUCGGCCAGGACGGACCAAUCAGCGUUCAUUGCAGGUAAGAAGUUCGGUCAUAGUCGAUCAAAAGUACUUUGAUUACACUUUGUUGGUCUCAAUGAGGGGCAUGUCUCCUGAUCUCUGCGAAACUUUGUCUGAUGUUGUUCCCCCUUUGUGGUUAAAGUGCUGGCGUGGGGCGGACAGGUGUCUUCAUCACUCUUAGUAUUGUCCUGGAGAGGAUGCGUUACGAGGGGGCGGUGGACAUCUUCCAGACUGUCAAAAUGCUGCGCACACAGAGACCAGCCAUGGUGCAGACUGAGGUAAACACCGAACAGGAUGUCAGAUUUAUUUAUUUUGAAGGAGGGCUGAGGCAUGCAAGGAAAACACUGAUACAGCACAUCUGUAGUGCUGCUUGAAGCUCAUGUCUCCGUCAAUCUAGUCGUGUUUCUUUUGUUUAUGCUUUUUGAUCUCCAGUAUUUGACUCUGCAACAGCGGAUAUGUGUUGUAAGCAGCUCACACAUGUGUAUAACAAUGAUAUAUUUGUCUUUCUGUCUGUGUCCUCUUUUUUGUUUUUCACCCAGGAUGAGUAUCAGUUCUGCUACCAGGCUGCUCUGGAGUACCUGGGUAGCUUUGACCACUAUGCAACGUAA